AUGAGGCGCAGCGAACGGAGAGGUCACGGAGGGGGCUCCGGAAAGGCAGCCCUGGAGGAAGAGGAGCAGCCGCCGCCGCCGUCGGAGCCCAACGGGGCUUCUCCCCCCGUGACAGAGGUUUCGCCGGGGCGCUGUAGGGGCGCGACGCCGGGAGCCGCCGCCACCGCCCCCACGACCACCACUGCUUCCACCACGACGCACGGGAGCCGGCGCAGCACGGAGUCCGAGGUGUACGAUGACGGGACCAACACGUUCUUCUGGUAAGGGGGCCGGAGCAGGGCGUCCCGUGUCCUUCCCCCCUCGUCGCCUCUCUUCCCCAAGGCCCUUUCACCCUGACACGCGGAAGGAAACGGCGCAGUCCAUGAACACGGGUUGCCCACAGUCAAUAGACGCGUGUAUGCACAACUAAAGAUGCGGGUAGGCAGGCUGUCCGUUUAAAAGGCCAGGGACCAACAAGGAGAAGGGAGUGAGCGGGGUGAACUUGAGGAUGCUGGAACCGAGGAUAUAAAGAAGGGUGUGCAUCUCGUUGGAAUCAAGCUGGACUUCUCUGUCUGGGUGUCUCCUUCCCAGGAGCCCUGCUGAACCUGCUUCUUUUCUCAAGUCACUUCUGCUGUUCCUUCUCUUAGGAAUUGGCCCUCCUUUGGUUUCUCUCCUCAGCUUUUGCGGUCAGUUGGGGAAGUGAUUAGUGUUACAUCCCUAAACACAGUUGUUGAGUAAAUAUCACGUAGCUCUGUACGACUUACUGCUGAGUAAAUAUGCUUUAUAUUUACUGCUGGCUUUUUCCACCUCUCCUGGCUUGAUGAGUAUUUGAUAUAGCAAAAUCUCUGAGAAAUAUCUGUAAUUUACAGCACCAAGAGGAAACUCAGACUGCUUUCCCAUGCAUACUUGGAAAUAUAUCCUGUUUAAUUCAGUUAGACUUAAUUUCUGAGUAAAUACAUUUGAUCUUGCUUCAAUUGCACACUUGUGGGAUAACUUUCCUAGGCAACAGCCUACUUGUGGUAGUUGAAAGGCAAAACCACACUUUCAUCUCCUUAUCUCAAGAGAAUACUUGCCUGGGCGGUUUGUAGAGAAGAGCACUUCUCUAAGUGCCCUUGCUUAAUGGUUUGUGAUAGUUUUCCAGAUAUCAUUCUACUAUUCCAGCAUUUGUACUACAAAAACAUAAGGUUUUGUAGACACAAGUAGUGAAAGAUAGUGUGACUUUUGUAGUUGAGCAGUCUCGUGAAGAGAUGGAGGCAGAAUAUUUACUAAUACUUACAUACUAGUAAGUAAUUUUUCAUCUAUAGUAAAAGGAUUGACAGACCUCAACACAUCCAUAUCUGAUGAAGUAGGUGUGCACUUGUGUGAUGUUAUUUUUCUCCUUUAGACUUAUCAUGACUACCUUGUUUAGUUUAUUAUAUUCUCAAACAGAACUGGUUAAAACUUUACCUGUCCUGAUGCACACCUAAAAGCAAAGCCAUACUUUAUUAUUGUUGAGACAGUAUGAAAAAAGACUGUAUCGAAACCAUCUUCAAGGCAAAAAAGAAUAAAAAUUCUUUUGCCAUGAAAAGCCUACACAAGAACAAAAGAUAUAGCACAAUACCUACCCACAAAGAUAUCGUAAUUGUGGCAUCACUAAUUCUUGUAUAUUUUUCCACUUUGUGUCUUUAUUUAUUCCACUUGCUUUAUAUCUUUGAGGUGCCACUGGUUCUCUUUCCAUUACAGUUGUUAGGCUUGUAAUGUAAUACCCAGAAUGAUGGUUCUUUUCUUCCUCCACAAUGGGUGUAACUUUUUCUUUUCGUGCAAUUCUUGAGAGGGCAAAUUAUUUUCUAGCAAACAGUAUGAUGUUAGUUGGAAAUCUGGUAAUUUAAUUAAGCAUCAACUCAGUGUCCUUAGUUUCACUGGGAGAGACAAAAUUUCCUGCAAACUUUAAAAAAAAUUCUCAAGCGUUUUAUCCUCCACAGUAUGUUAAGUAACAUGGUUUCCAGCUUCAAAACCCUUUCUUCUUCUUGUGCCACAUACAUCAAUUAUGGAAAAGGGAAUACAAUGAUUAGCUUUAGACAUCAAUUUAUCUUCUUCAAAGACAACAGAGGGCAUAGUUUUCUGGUUCUGCAAGAGGCUUAGUAAAGAUAGAAGAGCCUGAUUUGAAGUGCCUCCGACCUGGUUUGGCUUGAGGUUGCCCCUGAGUCUGACUCCUCUGAUCUUGGCAGUAAUAAAAUUUGGAGUAUGUUGAUCUUGAAAGAUCUGCUGAUAUUCAGUGAGAGUUCUGCAAACAUAGAGUAUACCUAGUGAGGCUGUAGUGGUUAUUUCAUUCCGGCAACAUUGUAGGGACUGACUUAGAGCCUGCAAUAUUUCAGGUUUAGGAAACACAAUCUUUUAUCAGAGUUCAGGAAGGACCACAGAGAACAUUCUGGGAAGUUGCUGUGUAUUGGCUGAAUUAGUGACCAAAUAACUGGAUCUUGCAGACAUACUGGCACAGUCCUGCCCUUUCAAUGGAGAAUGGGUAAAAUUGUAACUUGAUUGCUUCUUUAAUACUAGUUUAAAGAUUGUAUGUUUUAUUGCUGAACUAUUUUUCCAACACUGUUGAUGAUGUUUCAUUAUUCUGGGUGAUAAGUGUUCUGUAGUAUAGUCAGAUCUUUUAGAUCGUCUUCAAUGAUUUGACCAUUGUUUGUUUAACUGCUAUUUUGAUUAUAUGUGUCCGUUUAAGCUAUGAAGAGAAGUGCAGUAUUUAAUGAGUUCUUAAAUACUCUUACAUUUGAUACUUGAAUAUGCUCUAACUUCUGAAAAAGGAAUCUAAGAACUGUCAGAAUGUUGAUCUUUCAUAGUAUUUUAUGUUACCUUGAUCGCCAAACACAUUCUUUUAGAGAUUCAGUUUAGUUCAUUCUAAUAGUGAAUAACUGAGGAAUGUAAUUUUUCAUUGAUCAUAAUUUAAGGUGGAUUAACACACAUGCUGCCACAAAGUGCAGCAUGUACACAUACUUUCUGAUUUUUUUAGAAGGACAAUAGUGCAUCAGGGGUGGAGAACCUCAGUCUAAAAGGCUAAACACAGCUCUGUUGCUCUUGGAACUCUUCCAGGCAUGCCCCUUGCUGGCUUUGUAGUGUCCUUGAGUGUUUUUGUCUGAGAUGUGUUUUUGAAGUAAUAUUUUACCUUUUGUUUGAUUGAAUGGAGGCUAGAGAGAUAUGUGUAGAAACUAUUGUAUAAAGGUAAAUUUUUACAUUUCAUGCUGUGCCCACUUUUGUCUCUGACACGUAGCACUGCCCUGUGGCCCACAAAAGGUUGCCCGAAAGGAAAUGCAGCCCUUGGCCACAGAAUUGUUCCCCAUCGCUACUAUACAUGUCCACUCAAAAAUAAACCCCAUUCAGUCAUUCGAUGUUCUGUAUACUAUCUGAAAAAGACAAAUAAACAGUUAAAAAACCCCAUUGCAUUUCUUUAGGAGUUACUCCCAGCCAAUAGUAUUACAAUUGUAGUCCUAAGUAAUUUUUCACGCUCUGAGAGUUUGUUACAACAAAAAGAAGAGAAUCUAUUGGCAGUUUAAAGAUAAACAGAUUUAGUAUGGUGUAUGCUUUCAUGGACAAGAGUCAGUUUCAUCAGAUACAUGAAGUGUUACCCUCAAUUUAAAAGCAAACGUAAAUGAGGCUGAAUGCUCAUUAAAUGUAAAAGAGGAAAAGGGGGUUGGAUCUGGUCAGUGGUCUGGAUCAUAGAGUCUGACCUCUGCAAGCUAAGUUUGAUAGGGACCACCCACCUAUCAAUCACUUGACAUCCCUGUGAUGAUGGUGAUGUUUUUCACCCUGUGUGGUACAUGGCUUUGAAGGUCCUGACCAUUGUCCAAUUGUUAGAGUUUCAAAGAGCUGCACACAGCUCUGCAAUCAUUGAUAGCCUGCUGAUUGUUAGUACUUCCAGAGAGCCUUGUAUUGCACUUUAAAGCCCCAACAAUUAGCUUAUUGUCAGAACUUCAAAAAUCACAUACUGCACUGGGCAAAAUUAGAUUGCCCAAUGUCAUUGUGACAUCAGUUGGUUGACUUCCUGCAAGCACUGGUAAUCAAUCAGCUGAUGAGUGGUGCUUAGGAGAGAACUGUAUGGGGGAUGCCUGCAAUUCCCCCUUUGCCUGCCCCACAGCCAGUAUCAUAUAUGAUGUCAGGUGUAGGACAGGUGAGCAUGGCUCUGUCGUAAUGGUCUCAUGGGCUAAGUGGAAAGGCCUGGAAGGCCUAAUUGGGCCCCAUAGGUCAGAGCUUCUUCACUGCUGGUGUAAGAGGUGUAUGAGGACUGUUCGCACACACAUUUGGUCACCAUAUGAAUGCUGUACACUUAGGCUUCAAUCCCUAAAAUAAUGCAUCCAGUGAAAUGCUUGGAAAGGGCAGCCAUAUUUAUGUAAAGUGGCACAUGCAUGGUUUUUCUUCCUGACAUUUUUCUUAAUGUGUAGGCAUUGUGGGUGGAAGCAGAGUGUAGCCAGUAGAUGCAGUGCAACUGUGCAAUCCAUGCAUGGAGAGUGCAUGUGCAUUUGUAAACAGUGUGACAUUUCUAUACAAAGUUGAAAUGUAUACAAAGAAGCACUGUGACCAUUCACAGCUGUAGCACAAACUUCAUAACAUAGCACACCUAUAGGGGAAGAAAAAAUAUUUGGUCUCAGUUGAAUCUUAAAAUCACUUACUGAUUCAUUGUAGUUCAGCAUGUUCAUGCUAGAAUUUUUCCUCUGAAAUUCUUUUACUGAAGAACUGAGACUUACAGACUAGCAGUAUGUUCAUGGGAGAUUGAAAUGUUUGCUGUUUUUUAUGUCAGGUUUGUAACUGUCCUUCUGCUUAAGAUAAAUAUUUAAUAUGGUCCUUAAUAUAGUCUGUGUGGAAACAUUCAGCAUUUAACAUCUCAACUGAGGGGCAAAGUAGAUGUGGCAGCAACACAAUUUAGGCUGGAUUGUACUGAAAUCUGUAGUGAAAUUGCAGUGGGAGAUCAUGAAGUGGGGAGGGAGGUAAACCUUCUGUGCCAACCUCCUAAAAUAAAGUCUUUUAAGCUAUUUCUCUUAGUGAGGCUUGCUUCAGUCAUGGAGCACCACUGAUAGAAGGUUCUCUCCCCUCCCCCUUUAAAGCAGGCUUGGAGAGAGACCAUAGCAGGGGAUGCUUCUCCUGCCUGUGCUGUCAGCCCAUCAGUGCUGCCACCCCAUUUUGUAGGGGCUUUGCAUUAUUGUAAUUCACUUCUCCUGACGUAACUUCUAGUUUGGCCCCAAGUGAGCUACUUCAGAAGUACAUGAAGGAGAAGUUGGGAGUUUAUCUGUGUACUGUUGAGAGUUGCGCCAGAACCUGUGGAGCAACCCUCAAGUUCUUUCAGCUUUGCUGUUUUUACAGAAUAAUGAACCAUUGUCAAAUGACUUUGUUUUUCAUAAGGACUUCUGGAAAGUGCUGGGAAAUGGCUGUCUUUGUUUAUCUAGACAUAGGUGGCUGUCCUGUUGCUGAUUCCUUUAAAUUGAUUCUUGUGUGUUUACUAAAAUCUGCCCUCUCAUUGAGUUUAAUUUUAUGCUGUACUCUAAUAUAGAUGAUUGGAAUGGAUUAGAGGUUUUUAAAGAUAAAUGCUGCCAAAAGAGCACAUGAUUUACCUUUUAUUUGUUUUCAUCCCAGAGUUGCUGGGUCUUCAUUGAUUUCUGGGAGAAGAAUGCCCCAAUGCUGAAAAUAAGUCUUUGAGGGUGAUUCUGCCUGUCCUUUGUUUCAUACUUAAAGAGUUUAUAAAGCAGCUGUCAUUCUGUGACUUGCAGAAAAUGGGAUGGAACAUAACUUGGGGACCACAUUUCCUUAUGUAGGAUCCACAAAAGAAAACUAAUCUAGUUGUACAAAAUUAAACCAUAGCUUACUGAACUGGUGGUAAUCUCUGCACAGAAGCUAGGUCAUGAAUGUCCUCUUCCAUUCCUUAUUGCUGCCUUCUCAACGAAGUAUAUACUAUUGCUAUUGAUGAUAAAUUGUUUGCCUUUUCUGUUCCUUUGUUAAAUGAUGCGUGAAUAUUGGACCCUCUGUUUUGUGAAGUGGCCCACUAGAGAUGAAGAAAACUAUUGAGUGAUGAUCACUCUUUCUGGAAUGAAUUCCCCUUACACUCUAUAACGCCUGUAUGCCUUCCAAUCUGCUCUGAAGAGUUUGAGGAUCCUCUAGAACAGAUUGGGGAGCAUGCAGAGGGAUAUAGUGAGCAGGAGAAGAAAGGGAAGUCCCAUCAUGUGAAUUGUGUAACACUGCAUGCUUAUUCUCUUAGAAUAAUACGCAAAGUCUUUUAUAUUUGAAACUGAGAAUGUGGAUCUUUAUAAAUAGGAGUUUUCAGUUUACUGAAAGCUGGUACAUGGAAAAGUUGCAGACAUGUUUGUGUUGGUUAGUGUGGAGAAACAAACCUUUCUGAUAAUCUUUCGUGUGUUGUGUAACUGAAAUUCCUUAAAAUUGUGCCUCAACUUCCAGUCUUCUGAGUUGAAAAAUUGAGUUCCUGCACACUGAUUAUGCAUAGUGUAGUUACAGUGCUCAUAUUAUUUAUAUACUAAGCUUCAAUAUAGUUGUGAGAAGGCAACUGUAUUUUCAGAAGCUAAGUUUUAUUUACGGGAAAGCUUCCAAUGCAGUGUUAUGAUCCCCUGCUUAGCUAAAGAUUGACAGCUUUUGUACUAAUGCUGUCAGAGUAACUUUUACUGCAACCUUUGCCAUUCUUUUAGGUCAACUUGAUCACCAUGUUCGGGCGUAUGGGCUGUUGCUGCAGCAGUGUCUGUCUGACUGUGCUCAGAAUUUUGCCAUUUGGAAACUACCGUAUUUUUCGCUCUAUAACACGCACCUAGUUUUUAGAGGAGGAAAAUAAGAAAAGAAAUAUUCUAAAUGAAACAGUGGAUGUAUGAUUUUUGUGGUUCAUGCUGUGGCCACAGACAUGUGAUCUGACGGUGAGUUUGGAGUAGCCCAAUGCAAAAAUCCUGAGGAUCCAUGUGGAUCCAUGCUUUGUAACCACGUUUUUGCACCAUUGCGGCCCCAGGCAACAGUCAGUGCGUGCUAUGUAAUCUGAUGGUGAGUUUGGGGUGACCCGGUGCAAAAAUCCUGAGGAUCCAUGUGGAUUCGUGCUUUGUAACCACGUUUUAAGUGGGGAGGGAAGGAAAAGCACUCAAGGGACAAGGAGCGCGCGUGGGGUGUGUGGAGAAGGAUACUGCUAAUAAUGCAGGAGAGGGGUUUAAGGGGAGAAGGAACACGCGUGGGGUGUGUGAAGGAUGCUGCUAAUAAUUCAGGAGAGGGGUUUAAGGGGAGAAGGAACACGCGUGGGGUGUGUGGAGAAGGAUGCUGCUAAUAAUGCAGAAGAGGGGUUUAAGGGGAGAAGGAACACGCGUGGGGUGGGUGGAGAAGGAUGCUGCUAAUAAUGAAGAAGAGGGGUAUAAGGGGAGAGGGUUCCUUUCCCCUCCCACUUUGCUCCUUUAAAGCAAGCAGGCUCUGCUUUUCUCCCUCCUCCCCGCUCAUCCCCGGCUUAGCGAGCUGGAAAACUUUGCUGCUAUGUAGCAAGCUGAGUGGGGAGGAGAGAAGGACAGAGAGCCUGCUUGCUUUAAAGGAGCCAACCGCUUUGCUCCUCUCCCGCUUUGCUCCUUUAAAGCAAGCAGGCUCUCUGUCCCUCUCUCCUCCCCACUCAGCGGCUCUUCUCCCGCUUUGCUGUUUCAAAGCGAGCCACGGAGGAGGGAAGGAAGGGGAACCAUGGAUCCUCUGCUCACGACUGCAGCAGAUCCCCCCCGCCACCCGUAGGCAUUCCCUCCAUAACACGCACAGACAUUUCCCCUUACUUUCUAGGAGGAAAAAAGUGAGUGUUAUGGUGCAAAAAAUACGGUAUUUCACCCCUUAGAAAUUGGUAGAAAGUAUUCCUCAAGGCUUGAUGUUACCAUCUGUGCUGCUUGGUUUAUUACACUUGCAGGCUGUGGACGAUCUGUCUGUGGAAGUUAGGACUAGAACUUUCUUUAUGACCUUCCAAAGAGUCUGCAACGCUUUGGGUUGUUUGAGGAAACUGUUGGUAUAGGGUUUGUUUGUUUUUCUCUGAAUCAAUUAUCAUGUUCAACUUUUAUUUUUAUAUUUAGUGUAUUUUUAAGUGAACUGUUUUUGAAAAGGUGGUCUAUAAAUAAGUAAAUUUAGCUGCCCUGAACUUUAGAUUGGAGGAAGGGUAAAUCUUUAAUAAAUGAAAUAAAAUAAAUACAUUUUAACCUGCUGAAGAUACUGAGUGACAGUAAAUAGUCCUGAAAAAUAUUAUUUGUUGUUGACUUUCUCUCUCUCUCUCCCCCCACCCCUCCUGUACAAUAGGCAAGCACACACCUUAACAGUCCUGUUCAUCCUGACCUGCACCCUGGGAUAUGUGACACUGCUUGAAGAAACCCCACAGGAUACAGCCUACAACACAAAGAGGUAACUAGCUGUCGCAUAAGUGUUGCAGUCAGCUUUUAUUGCCAGUUUUUUAUUAACUAGCUAGAGUACCCAUUUUUCUUAUAUUUACUUUUAAUUUAUUUUGGAUUUUGAUAAAUUUAUCAGUCCAUUGUAAGCAUAGCAAUGACUCCCCUGUCGUUUGUAAAAAUAACAUCCCCAAAUAUGUAAAUAUGUUUUCUGUAUGAGGAGAUUCCACAGUUAUAUCAAAGUUUUAACUUAUGUAGUUGUGUAAGGAAAAAAGCCUUUUGUUUAUUGACUGAAUUCCUCGACUUCUAUCAGGAGAUAGAAGGGACUCAAGGGACAAGGAGCACGACUGCCCCAAAGUAAAGUAAAUAAAAAGGAUAAACCAAAAGGCUUCUCCCAUAGAGAAGCAUUAUUAAAAUAUUCCUAUCUGCUGAAAAUAAAACAGAUUGAUGUUUUCUGUAGAGUAAGUCGUACGUAAAAUUUGUUAAAUAAUACUGGGCAGGAUUCACCUAGCCAGGAUUCACAUAAUCUGCAGAAGCCCUGUGCAGACUUCUUCUUGCAUAUUGGGGCUUUCUGCCUCUGUGCAGGUGUGUGUCAGGAGGCUCCCCAGAACAGUGUGCAGGGGGAGGAAGGGACGGGUUGUUCCAUCUAGCAGGCUGCAGUGCUUGUGCAGAUAGAAGGAUGGAAGGAGUAUGAAGUUUAAUUCUACCACAAUUUUUUAAAAAAAUAUUGUGGGAACUAUAGUUCCUGUGUUACAGUUUUCAUAUAACUGGUUCAUAUUAGAACCACAUACUGAAUUUUUGUAUAUAUAAAGCUACUGAACGUGUCUGAAUAUAUUGAAACAUGUGUGUGCUACUUGUGGAAUAGUUGGAAAUUACGGUGUUGUGGUAGAAUAGAAAUAAUAGGUGACAAGGCUAGUGGCCAGCUUUGUUGCUGCCACCUCUCGUUUCCCUCCCUGCAAUGCCAAAUACUACUUUCUCCCACCCACUUUCAGCACAAAGGCUCACCUGUGUUACAGUAAGAUUAUAGGGCUAUAGUCAAGUUAAUGCAGUAUGGCCAGAGUGAAUUGUAUAAUGGUGAAACAAAGACUUGGAGAAGAAUGAAUAUGAAACUCCAAAUCGCGGUACAGUCUGGACAAAACAGGAAAUUAUGGUCAUCAGCUUCAGAGCAGUGCAGGAUAUUAAACCAGCUUUAAACUGUUGUGGUUUAAUACCUUCGUUUGUGUCAUAGUUACUGUAAUGUCUCAGAUUGAAUGAAACAGAAAACUCUUGUUAAUUAGAGGUGCACCACGAAAGAAGCAGCAAAGGUCAUGUCUUCUCUUAUUUGUCACCCCAUGAUGUAUGUAAACUGACUGGCUCUCUUAGGUAAAUGUUACCUAGGGCCAGAAAUAUAUUUCAAAAUGGUGUGGUUUUUUUUAGUUCAGAACUUGCAUUAAGUCAGGCUGUAUACCUGUAGAACGUUGGCUGCAGGUUCUUGCGUGUAUGACAAGUGUAGUAUCAACUGAUGUUGCAUAGCUGAUAGAUGCACAUUAUAAUAGGUUUUCCCAUAUACCAUUUAAGUUGCAGAAAUAUAGCUGCAAAAUACGGUCAAACCUUGGUUCCUGAAUGCCUCCGUUAUUAUACGUUUCGGCUCCCGAAUGUAGAAAACCAGUUUUCGAACAUUUUCCGGAACCCAAAUGUCCGACGCGGCUUCCGCUUGAGUGCAAGAAGCUCUUGCAACCAAUAGGAAACUUCGCCUUGGUUGUCGAACAUUUUGGAAGUCAAAUGGUCUUCCGGAAUGGAUUACGUUCGACAACCGAGGUUUGACUUUAUUGUAUGUGUGAACUUGGCUAUAUAUGGUUAUAAAAGAGAGGCUGGUCUUUAACUACCCUAUUGGAGUUGUUUUUCAGUUGACUUUAUCAUGGCAGCAAUUUUUAUUGUAGGCUUUUGUAGUUCUUUUUAUCAAACAUCAGUGCUCUUGAAAGAAUGUGAUGCUAUUCUGACAUGCCUUCAGUAAUAUUUGUAAGUGGAAAAUAGGUGUGGAAAAUUGGAGUGAGUGGUGUCUGUGGAAAAUUUCGGAAAUGUGUCAUCUGUGUAUUCUAGAACUUGGAAUACAAUUAGUGUUCUUGGUUUAUUGAGUUAACUUGGUGAAUUUAUUUAAAGAUGACCUCAGAUUUUUAUACUGUAUUUUGUGCUUCAUCAUCUUGCACUUUGUAAAGGCACCGUGCUGGUGAUAUUAAUGAAUUAUUCCAGUUGAUCCUAGUUUCCAUUUCUAUAAUAAAUGAUAGUUAUGCCAUGCAUACCUAAAACUGAAUGAGACUCAGUGCUUUUUUCUGGGGGUACGCAGGGGUACACAUACCCCUAAACAUUUUGUGAAUCUUAAGUUUGGCCUCAUUGAGGGACAGUAUUUCAAUAUGAGUAGGAAAAUGAGAGUACCCCUAAACAUUUUUUUUAGAAAAAAAGCACUGAUGAGACCCAUAAGUAAACUAGCAGAUCCCAAUCCUUACACAAAGUUGGACUAAUAGCCAGCUCAGCCUAAUAAAUCUAAAUGCUGGAGAGACAAGGUUUUUUUUCCAUCCUGUAACUUAAAAUGCCAGAAACGGAAGCUGGGAAUGUAUGUAUGCAAACCAUAUGCUCUUCAACAGAGCUUCAGUUCUUCAUUCCAGAUGUGAGUAGAGCUGUUGAGGGACUCACAGGUUUAGGUUGGAGGUGCAUUGAUAAUGCUGUAAAUGGAAGAGUUUCAAAUCUAAAGGCCUCUCAGUAUAUCGUUCUGACCACACUCUGAAGUCUAGAGUAGCACACCUUUCAAUCCUCUUUUGGAAGGGCAUCCUAUUCUUAGUGGUAUCUAAUGAGGGGCUUUGUCCUAGGGAUUCAUUGAAGAGCUUAGAUUUCAUGGAGGGUAAUACUAUCAAAGGCUGCUAGCCAUGAUGUCUAUGUGUUUUCUCCAGUCUUGGAAGCAGUAUGCCUCUGAAUGCCAGUUGGUGGUAAUUGCAAAUGGGGGAAAGUGCUGUUUAUACUCGGGUCUUGCAUGUAGAGUUCACCUGGGCAUCUCAUUGGGCACUAUGAGAACAGGAUGCGUCUUUGGUUUGAACCAAAGACUCUUCUCAUGCUCUCACAUUGUUGAAUAACCUGAGGUUAUCGUUAAGUCAAAAACAGUUGACUGCAGAUAAAAGAAAGCAACAUGAUUUGAUGGAUGUAAAAGAUCUAAAAAUAAUAGAUGACAUAUUUCCUAGAUUUCACAUUUGGAAACCUCUUAUCACAAAGGGAAGAGAGUGCAGGGACAAAAACUUCAUACUAUGACCUGAAUAAAAAAAAAGCUGAGGCAUCUCAUAAUGUUGUCAUUGACUGGGCAGAAGUGAUAACCAGUGUUUAGCCAAUGAUUCGUCUGUGUAGGUGGAUACAGAUAUGCAGUUUAUUUCUUAAUCACAUUUUAGAUGUCUCUGCAACAUCCCCCUUAAUGCUGCAUUGACUAGGUUGAGCUACUGCUUCAAGCAUAGUGUAACAUAUGGCACCACCUAUAAAAUAAUUGCACUGGCUGCCAGUUCUGUGGUGCUGACCUACAAAGCCCUAAACAUCUUGGGCCCAAGUUAUGUUUACAGACUACCCAGUCAGUAAGACAUUUGAAUGAGGCCCUUAUGUUUGUGCUACAACCUGCUGAGAUCCAUCUUGCAGGAACUAGGGUGGUGGUCUUUUUCAUUGUUACCAAGCCUAUAAAACAGCAUUGCCUUGUGUGAUAAGUAGGCACUAAUGGUGCUUUGUUUUGGUGCCUGAUAAAAGUUUUCUCCCCAGCCUUCACUUCCCAUUAAUACCAGCUUACUGUAAUUUGUACUGGCUCUGUAGCUGCUGUUGUAUUGUCUUAAUUAUUUUUAAUGGGCUGAAUUCAGCUACCCAGUUCCGUUAGUGAAUGCCAGCAUGAAGAUUCCCACAAGAAGAAUGGGGCUCUCUCUUGCACCUCCCCCAAAUCUUUUCUGGAGGGUUGGGAGAACCCCCAGAACGGGAGUGGGAAGAGAAAUUGUUUCAUCAGUUCUGUUGGGCAAGCUAAAAUGCUUGCACUUUCUCCUUUGUGCUAUAUUGAAUUCCACCCAUUGUAUAUUCUUAAUUGAUUGAGUGUUUCAUGAAAGGUGAUAUAGAAGUAAUAUUUAAAAUAAUAAAACUACUGAGCAUAUCCUUAAUAUGUGAGCAGGUUCCAGUGCACUGUGUAGUUGAUGUAAGGUGGUGAUCAGUGUAAUUACAUGUGAUAAAGUACUGUCAGGCAGCAAUUAGAAGAUGUAUUUCUACCCUGUUUUGGUCUUUUUUCCUCUAUAAAUUAACAAGAAAGCAUGCCUAAUUACUCAUAAGGGAUUAAGAGUUCAAAUGGAGGCUGCACUUAAACUUGCUUGUUAACCUGGUGCACCUUGGCUAGCAUUAUACUCUGGGUAUAUAUCUAUAGUUCCAGAUUUGAGAUUUUGUUGCAGUAUUGUGGUUUGCCACUCAAGGCUGCUGACUUGCUUUUUGGUCUGCACACAGAUAAUUUAGGUUCCUGCAAUUUGAAUUGAUCUUGCUGCUUUGGUUUUAUGGAACGUAAAACCAAAUGAAGGCGUAAACCAUUCAUUUAGUUCUUUACAUUUUCCAUGACGAUAUAGAGUUUCAUAAAUAAUCUAUGUGAAUUGGACUCCCUUUAUAGAGUUAUAAAACUCUAAAACUGUACAUAGCCUGAACAUUCUCCCUCUGAUAUGUGUGCCUCAAACUUCAGAUUAGCAAUUAUCUUUUUACUCAAGAAGCAACAUAAUUUCAAAUUAUGGUAAGAUAAAAAAAGUGAUGAUUUAUAGCAAGAUGCAUGAAUUAAAGCAACAUGUUUAAUCUAGAUUGCCUUCAGUGAAACUUAAACAGGGUCUAUAAAUUGGUUCCAUGUUGUCUUAACUCAUGAUAACUUGACCCAGAUGUUGUUUUUUAGCAUUGGUGUAGGGCAGUAUACUUUGUUAUAGAGGUCACAAACCUGACUGAAUCUGAAGACAUGGUGUGGCUUCCAAUAGUUUAGUAGUUUAAACAGUUCAUCCUUAUAACUAGGUUUCAGUACUAUGGUUCAGUAACUUGAUUGAUUUGAAAAUAUUUCUAUCUAUUUUAGUUAUUAAAACUUUUGUGGUAACUUACAGCCACACUAAAUAAGGGGAUAGCCAACUAAGUCAGACUCAAAGUAGACCUGUUGAAAUCAUAGGCUUGAGUUUGUAUCAUUUAUUCCAAUUGAUCUACUCUGAGUAUUACUAACAUUGAAUAUCGCUCUGUAAUUGUGGCUUGUGUACUGGAAAUACUUAAAUACUAGGUUGACUUUCUUUAAGGAUUAAUUCACGUUUGCAGAAAUAGAAUAUGUUACAGCCUUUUCCAGACAGUUUUAAAGUGCCAAGGAGAUCACAUAUGCCUAUGGAAAACUAGUAUGUAAUUAGCCAGACCUGUUGAUCUAUGACUGUGCCUCACUCCCCUUUUAGCUACACAUUACGGAGGCUGAAUAUUACCUGUGCUUCCCCAUAACAUUUAUGAGCCAAGUAACUGUUUAUGGUAUGAAUGACAAAUGGAAGCAUGUCAGAUUGUAUAAAGGGGACUUCCCAUGUUGCAGAUGACCAGGCAAGUUAAUUAUAACUCAGCUACAGACUGGUGGAUCCAUACCCAGACACGCAGUUAGCUUGGGACUUCCAUCCCCUUGCUGCCUUUAUCAGCUUUGGCACAUUGAGAAGGGAAGAAGCUGCCUGGUAGACUUCUCAGGGGGUCCCUGCUAGGAAGGAAUUCAGCUGCUACCAAAGCAGGUAGCAAUGACCUCAUAAGGUCUUGAUUCUCAGCAAGACCUCAUUAGUGUCCAUGGGAAAUAAUUUCAGUGUUAGAAACUCAGAUAAAUAAGCUAGGCACCAAAUGGCUCCUUAAACCAGGGUUACAGUUGCCAAAAUUAAAUGUCUAGUUGGCAUUUUGGAGCCAGACAGCUCAAAAGUUGUAUUUUUCAAUACAACUUUCUGGUUCCUGAAAUUUGUUCUGAUUGUACAGAUAAAAUAUUGGGGGUAGAAUUCUAAAGGAUGUGUUGUUAGUGUGCAGAAACAGGAAAGAUCUAAAGAUCCCCAGACAUGCACCUUCUGAUGGUGGAGACAUCAGGCACCAGGUGCCCAGGAAUCUUCACUUGAUUGUAAGAGGCCAAUAGCCAGGUACAAAAUGCGCCUAGUGCCCUGCGAAUUUCAAACUCUGAAUCAUUCCCUUCUUGAUAUGGCCACACCAAAAGCAGAAGCUGUGGAAAUUGAAUCGUGCCAACUGCUUGACUGAUCUGAAUAAGAUUUUUAAGAACCGACCUGCCUUUCAAUUUUAAGAGAAUCAGUGUUGUAUCUUUUGGUUUUUCUCAAAAGGAUUUGCGAACAGCUUUUUAGAUACUUUAGAUACUACUAAAAUGUAUCUAAAACAACCUAUUUAUCACAGAGUAUGAACUUCAUGGUCAUUCAGUCUUCAAGACUAGACUGCCUUCAAAUAGUUUUUCUGAUUUUAGAUGUUCUAUGGACUUUCAAAAGACAUAUUUAACAAAAACCAUUCAUGAACAGAUGUAAAUUGAAAGUGUUUUUUUUCCAGAGGUAUUGUUGCCAGCAUUUUAGUUUUCUUGUGUUUUGGAGUCACUCAAGCAAAAGAUGGGCCAUUUUCAAGACCUCAUCCAGGUAAUCAAAAUUGCUCAUAUCAUAAAAAUUCUCUUGAUAAUGAUACACUUGGUAAAAUGGCUCCUAAUGGUUAUAUGUAAAUGUUGAAAGUAGUAACCUAUGUUUCAUAGCCUGUAUCCCCUAGGUAGAAUGUGAUUUCAUUAUCAGAAUCUAGCAUAGUUUUCAGAAGUCCUCAUCUGACUGUGUACAAAUUAGUCACUUAACGGAUGACAUAUUUUACCGUAUUUAAUUGAAUCUAAUGCUCACAUUUUUUGGCCAAAUUACAUUGCGAAAAUUAAGGCGUGCAUUAGAUUUGAUGGCACAUUUACUUUCGCCAGCAAAUACUUUUUUUGUUUGUUUCAAGGUUCUGAAAAUUGAGGUGCGCAUUAGAUUCGAUGGCGCAUUAGAUUCAAGUAAAUACAGUAUUUGCUAUAAAAACGUAAGAAGAACCUGCUAGAUCAGACCAAUGGUGUAUGUGUAUGUAGGCUGGAGAAACUGCAACUGCGGAGCAUUGUGGAACAUAAACAUUCCGCUUAGUGAGUGCUUAAGAAAAGGACACACAUUUCAGUUAUCUAUUUCAGAUUUAGAUUAUACCUGGAAAAGGUGUGUGUGUGUCCGCCCCCCCCCCGCCUCUUCUACCAAAAAAACUUACCUUGAGUAAGAGAGGCAGGCAAAGAGAGCACUAAAUUCACGCUCCUGUUCCACUGUCUGCCGCCUGCCCCCAAUUCCACUAGUCCAUCUGCCACCAGCCACCCUGUGGAAAAGACUGUGGGAUAGAAAGAGACGCAGGCAAAGAAUAGCCUUCUCCAGCUGGACUAUUGUCUUCCCCACAAUAGGGUUGUCUACUAUUGAAUGCCCUGUGGGAAAGAUCCUGAUGACUUGUUACAUUUUUAUAUUUUUGUGACUUUAUUAAUGUAUAUUGUUGUUACAAAUUAUUUCAAGUAUCCUUGAAGAUGUGAUAUAAAUAAUUAUAUUGAAAAGGGAAGUUGAUGGAAAAUGUAUGGUUUGUAUUUUGCUAAACACCACUGUGCAGAUUUGUAAAACUGAAAAUGAUUAAAAAAACCCCCAUUAAGGUAUUUAACACCAAUGUAUGUACUGUAUUCACCAUCCCUCACUUGAAGUUUUGCUAAACAUGGUAACUUGAUAAAUGUUUUGCGUCACAAAGACAGCUUCCUCUGUGGGAAGUUUUACACACAAACACUCUUCUUCAGAGCAUUAAUAUUUUUGUCUGACUUAUUUUUAUUUCAUUGUCAGACGUACAAUGGAAAUAUUGUUGUAGACAAUUUGCUGAAGUAUGCUACUGUGAUGCACGAGUGCAGCAGUAUGGCUCUAUUUGUUUAGAUAACACAGUAUCCUUGUUUCUUGUUUUAAAAAUUUAUUAUAUUUAUAUAAUUGCAGCUUAGCAAAUACAAUCAAAUUUUGCAAAUAUAACAGAAAAAAUAACAAAACAAAUAUAAAUAACAAGAAGAAUAAGAUUGCCAGCUGAUAUUAACAUUAAGAAUAUUCUGACACUUCUGAUAUAAACAUAUGAUAUAAUUCUGAUAUAAACACGGGUAAUUCAAAUGUCCAAAUAGGUGCCUAAACAGAAUUUACAAUUAAGAAGUUGUUCAUUCAGAUGUAAAGGACAGUGAGAUUCAAACCACUAACUGAUAGAUGGUAGACAUUUGUCCAUCCAACUUCUCAGUAUAGGUAUUUUAGCUACCAUAAGGUUCUCAAACCCACUUUUAUUGCCUGUCUGUUAUUCAACACAUCACAGAAAUAUAAUUUAAGAGAGUACGAACAUUUAUAAAAAAAUUCUCCAAAACAAAGUUGAGAAACAGUUGUAAUUUAUGACCAGAAAGAAACAUCACAGAACGUGUGCAUUUCAUAUGCCUCAAGAAAGCAUUUUCUGAUUUACAUCAAUUCAGUUCUUAUAUUACAUGCUUGGGAUAUCCAUCACCACAGAUUCCUUUGUAUAAUGCCAAUUCCAAUAAGAAAUAAAAAGAAUCAAAUGUUUUUGAAGCAUUUCUAUUGUUUUCAUAAUAGUUUAUAUUGUGCAAUUUUAUUGAGUAUCUUAAAGUCCUGGAUUUUCUUCUGGUCUGUUGAGGAUAUUCUGUCCAUUUUCCAUGCCAAUGCAUUCAGUAUCUAGAGUUUCAUAGAAUUGUAGAGUUGGAAGGGAAUAACCAAAAUGCAUUCAUUUCUGUGUAUUUGUUGUUUUGUGAAUUUCCAAAGCAUGAUUAUUGUAUUCAAUAUUGUAUUAUUUCAUAUCCACUUACCCCCCCCAAUUUUUUAAAACAACAUUCCUACAGUUGUGCAGAGGGUGGACCCACAGAUUUUUCUGCAUAUCUAACAAAUGACUGAUACUGUUAAGUAUCCUCAUUUUCAAAUUAAUGUUAAUUUUCUUUCUUUCUUUGUUGAAGGAGGAUGAGUAUGCAGACCUUACAGUGCAAUCCUAUGCUUGUCAACUCUCAAAUCAGGCCUACUUUGGUCAGUGGGUUUAUUCCCUGGCAGGCAUGUUCAGAAUUGCAGUCUUUGUCACAUAAUGUGAUUCUGUGAGUCACUUGUCAACAAACUGAGUGCUUUAAACACUCAUAGUACUGGUUUUGAAGCAAAACAUAAUGAAAAACAAUUUAGAAAUUGUAAGUCAGUGCUGACCUUCACUGUUAGAAAUGUUACCUUUUCUAUCAUAUACGUGAGAAGAAAAAGGCAACUUGAUGCUUUUGUAAUAUUGAAUGGGUGGAUCAUCUGAAAAUGGUUCAAAAGGAAUAAGUGGCCAAUUUUCACCCCCUCCCCUGAGUUAAGCAUUAUUUUCAAACACUGCACACAUCUCUGCAAUUACAUAAAAUGAUUUCCAAAACUGCUUGGAAAGCAUAAAAUAAUCUGCUUUCUACAGAGCCACAAAGCUAUUAGAGAAAGGACAUUUCAGCUAGUCUGUCAUCUGAACUUGAGUAGUGAAGAAGACAUAAGGCUGUUAAUGAGAGUGCUAGAAUAAAAGAAUAAAUGAGUGAUCUGUCACUGAAGAGAAAUGAGUGCUAAUUAGGGAUGCAUGAGCAUUCCUAUGGUUGCCCUGAAUGGAGCUUGAUCUUUUCAAAUGCUCCUUGUGAGCAGCCACAGAACACGCAUAGGCACUACAAAACUACAAACCUUAUUUGGGUGAGACAGUGAUGGGUGUUCCUGUUCCUAGCAGGGGACUGGGGCUGGAACUGUCCCUUUCAUUCUUCCUUCCCCACCAUCCUCGGACAGCAAUUCCUAGCAUUCCUGACAGAAAAAUGACCCUGUAAUUUAGCGCUUGCAUUUGUGAGGCAAAUGUGGACCUUUUCACAGCAGGGGCCUGUGUGUGGGCAUUUGAACUAUACUUACCAUAUCCUAGUUUUAACAAGUGCAUUACAGUGUGUUAGUUGUGGAAGUCUCAUAAUUAAGUUGCCAAAACAGGAGUAGUUAAAAAUAGCAAUGCUGUGAUACACUUCGAAGAAAGCUUGGUAAAUGUUUAUAAUUUGAGGUGUGUCUGAGGAACAUUGCCUAUGCUGGUUGUUCAUUCACGAGAUACUUAAAUGGAAUAUCUAAAACUAUCAUAAUAAAAUCAGAACUGAUAUUUUUUGCCAGAGUGGAAAAUCUGAGCUACAUCCAUCUAGCCUUAUAUUCCUUAAUACUGGGACCAUUUUCAUCAACUAUGGGCGGAACAAAGAGAGAACUUGUUUAGCAAGGGUAUUAUCAGAUAUCAGAUUUUGAAAGGUCAUCUUGUCUUCCUAAAUAUGACACUGGUAGGCAGCUAUUAAAUAUGUAUGUGAACCUUGUCUCAAAGGAGUAGAACAAGAUUAUGUUGUGCAAAAACAAUCCUAGAUUUAUAAAUAAAUGUGGAUAAUUGAAAAAAUGUGGGUUCCUAGCAGCACAUUUCAAAUCUUGUUUAGUGUUGUGUUGAAGGCAUAAUCACUCCAUAACUUAAAAUGCAUUCUGCACUAAAGAUACCCAUUUAUGUGUAUGUUCUGAUUUUGUUGCUUGUUCUUUUAGCCUACUGGAGGUUUUGGCUGUGUGUCAGUGUAGUGUAUGAGCUUUUCCUCAUCUUCAUACUUUUUCAGGUAAGGAUUUAAAAAUUGCAUCUUUUAUGCAGUUUAUUGGGGAUUUUUAAAGACGUUUUGUAAAAGGUAAUAAACAUGAACAAUAAAAUGGGAAGUUUUCUUUAAAAGGAAGCAUGCCAACAUAGAAAGCUCUCUUUAUACCAGACCAGAUCACCAGUCCAUCUAGUUCAGUAUUAUCUACUCUUGACUGGCUGCAGUUCUCCAGGGACCUACUUCUUACUGGACCCAUCAGGAUUUUAAUCAGGCACCUUCUGCCUAUAAAGCAUGUGCUUUGCCUUGUGCCCCCUCCCAUAAUACAAUUUGUAUAAUUUAAUUCUUCUUGGCAUCCCUUGUUGUUGUUUAGUCAUUUAGUCAUGCACAACUCUUCGUGACCCCAUGGACCAGAGCACGCCAGGCACUCCUGUCUUCCACUGUCUCCUGCAGCUUGGUCAAAGUCAUGCUGGUAGCUUUGAGAACACUGUCCAAGCAUCUCAUCCUCUGUCGUCCCCUUCUCCUUGUGCCCUCAAUCUUUCCCAACAUCAGGGUCUUUUCCAGGGAGUCUUCUCUUCUCAUGAGGUGGCCAAAGUAUUGGAGCCUCAGCUUCAGGAUCUGUCCUUCCCGUGAGCACUCGGGGCUGAUUUUCUUAAGAAUGGAUAGGUUUGAUCUUCUUGCAGUCCAUGGGACUCUCAAGAGUCUUCUCCAGCACCAUAAUUCAAAAGCGUCAAUACUUCGGCGAUCAGCCUUCUUUAUGGCCCAUCUCUCGCUUCCAUACAUGACUACUGGGAAAACCAUCGCUUUAACUAUACGGACCUAUAUGGCAUCCCUGCAGUCUAAUAUAAGAUAAUGUACCUGUGCAGAAUGUUACUGAGAGCUGUCAGAAGAAGAGGUAUCCACUCUUCUCAAGGCUAGGGGAUUAUUGCCUCUGCACUCAUUUUCUUUCACACAUCCAUGUAAACAAAAGCCAAGGAAGCUUCUGUCAGGACUUUCCCCUCUGGCUAGGUAGGUAGUUCUUGGCAAAAGUGUUUGGGUAGCAGUCUCAUAUCUUGCAUGGGAUUUCCUGAGAACUGUUAAGCUUAUCACAGCACCUUAUGGUACAUGGGGACUAGUCUCUCAGAACACUGGGAGAGUAUUUUAGCUACUAUUUCAUUUGCAAGUAAACCAGGAAAGCACUUCUUGGUAAUUCCAUAGGUUGUGAAAAUUCUUAUUCUUGAUUUCAGUGUUCCCAGUUGAGCCUAUUUCCUGCAGAAAUGCCAUAAUAAUCUAGGUCUGAUUCUGUGAGAGUGCCCCUCCCCACUCUGAACAGCUCCAGAGGUUCCAGGGAGGCUCAGAUACUCUCUUCCUGUCAGGUGUGUCACAACCAUGGGGCUUAAAUACUACCAGCUUUGUAGUGGCCAUGUACCUGCCCAUCUGUUUCAAGUCAAAGCAAUUAUUUCUAGAUGUGGAUCUAGUCACCCUUUCCAAAAAAAAAAAGGGGGGGGACUGCCUGAGCCAAGCUGCUUUUCUCCCUUUCCAAAUGGAGCCUAUACUUUCAAGGGUGAGAACCAUAAGCACAACUUCCUUAAAGCAGCCCUUUGUUAACAGGUGGCCUAUUGGACUGAAUAAUGUUCAUAUGUGUUGCUCUUACACUCUUAGUUCUAGUCUCCUGUAGCCACGUGCCAGUUAUUUGAGAGAAGAUUUCACUUUCACCUCAAAUGCCAAAGGAUCUUGGGUAGCUUGCUUCUGUUGUUCAGGAAACAAAGGUGCUCAUUGUUAAUGAAGCAUGUUCUAUGGGUGCCACAAUUAGGGGUGGAGUGCAGAGUACACUUAGGAGAGUGCUGCAGUAAUUUUAUUUUAUUUAUAAAGUUUAUACACCGCUUGAUUGUAAAAAACCAUUACAAAAAGAAAAAACCAUUAAAUGAAGAAAACAUUACAAUAUGUUAGAACAUACAAAAAGUUAAAAUACUAAAGCAGAUUAAAAUUCACAUCAGCAUUUCUAAGCAUCUGGGUAGGCUUGUCUAAGCAAUGUUUGUAGAAGGUACUGAAAAUAAUACAUUGAGGGGGCUUUUAUCUGUCUUUAGUAUUGUCUUGUGUAGGUUAUUAACUUAUACUCUUUAAGUAGUGAAUGGACACAGGGCUUUAUACAAUCUUUUAUUUAAGGUAAUGAAACCAAAUGUGCUUGACUCUUCCACCUGUGUUGCCGUUUUAGAAAAUGUUAAAAUUACUAUUCAAGAACAGUACAAUAUUUUGUCAUAUUAGAACUUGUUUUAACUGUUUCUUACUAAUAGAUGUGCUUAAUUUUUUAGACUGUACAUGAUGGAAGACAGUUUAUGAAAUUCAUUGAUCCAAAUUUAGGAGUCCCCUUACCAGAAAGAGAUUAUGGUGGAAAUUGCCUUAUAUAUGAUCCAGACAAUGGGACAGAUCCCUUUCACAAUAUUUGGGUAAGAGACUGAAACUGAAAUAUCUGAUUUAGCACUGAAGCUGAUCUAAAAAUUUGUGUUUGUAUGAUGUAUCAUUUGGUAUUUGUGCUUAAUGACAAUACAUCACCUGCCUCAUAACCACUAAUGUGUAUUCUGUAAUUCCAUACAAGUGCAGAAUUCAGAUUCCUGAGAAUCUCAGGCUUUACUAAAAACAACAACCAAAAAAAACCCCCCACACAAAACCAAGCUUUCAGCAUUUUUAGCUGGUAUGGUAAAAUGUGAGUAUGUGGUGCCUGGAGUAAAUACCAUAGUCAUAGAAGUUGUUGAGCGUUGUUUUCAGAUAUCAGUGGGCUGAAGAUUGAGCCUGUAUAGCUUGCCCCCCCCCCCCAUGGCUAGUUAGAAACAAAACAAAUUGUGUAAAAUAAGCAAAAUUUCACAGAUCUAUAUUUGGGAUUCAGCAAUUCUAUGCAUGAAAUUCUGUUGUUGUUGUUGCUGCACAAAAUAUACACAUGCUGCUUAUAACUACCAGCUGACCCUUCUAUUGACCAGAUAGUGCUAUCUGUUUGCCUGUAACAUAACUAAGCACUUUAGAAGUGGGGUUAAAUUAUUUAAUUGCUCUUUGCAAUUCAAAGUGUACUGAUGUAAAACUAUACCCUUUCUCUGUUGCUGUUAAAGUACAUAUCUGCCUUAGCAUUUCAAAGCUAGAAUAUUUUACCUGCUCAGACUUAAGACUAUAGAAAAAGAAUAGGCUACUAUCCAAGUCAAGUGUUACUGUGUUCUGGGGUUCAGAAAUCUUGUCUGAUUUUAGGAGGCACGUGGCAGUGAGAAAGGAAAUAUACAAGAGCCUCUGGAUCAGCAAAUUCUGCUUAAAAUGUAGAGGCUAUCACAAUACCUCCACUGCAAAUGUCUGUACUUAGCUUGCUAUAGUGCUCCUUGCCAAAAGGAAAAUAUUGUGGCAAAGAAAUUGUACAUUUCCUAAGAGGGCUUAGCUAUCAGUAGAAAAUGUAAUCCGUUGCCAGCUGAUUAUGCCAAAUUCUGCCUUCAUCCACCACCAUUUUGUGAAUGGCUUUUCCUCUGCACCACUGUUUUGAAACUGACUGGCUUCAAUUUUCAGCCAACUCAAAUAGGUGGGGUAGAAAAUUUGAGAACCUCUGAUCUAAGAUACAAGGCACUAUUCUGUCAAAAUUGAUAUGUUACAAAAAUUUGGGAGGAAAAGAAUUAGAUUUCCCAAAAAUGCAAUUAAAACAAUGCAUUAAAAUUUAUUUUGGGUUAGUGUUGUUGCCUUCCUGGAUGAAUAUUUGCAUUUUAGACGUAAGCAAUAAAAUAUUGCCUUGUUGAAAUUGACAGUAUGUGUGUAUCUAAAAUAUCUGAUAAACUUUAUGGGAAAUACUCCAAACUGCAACCUAGUGCAGUGAACUAGUUACCUUAUAAACGGGUCUAAUCUGUGUAACCCAGUUUUUCUGCUUGAAUUAAAGGACAAACUAGAUGGAUUUGUUCCUGCUCAUUUCCUUGGCUGGUAUAUAAAGGUGAGAAUCGGUCCUUUUCGUGUUCAGCUAUUGUUAGCAUUUGCAGCUUGACUGCUUCUCCUUCAAUGUUACCAGUGUGCAAAAUCAAUUAUGUCAGGGACUCAUCUGUGAAAAGGUUUAAACUGUGUUUGUUCAACUUCAACUAUUUCUUACUAUACUGGGUCAUUAAUUUCCUUCAAGGCUAGGAAUCUUUUUACAUGUUGUGUCCUCACAUUUUGAUACAUAAACCUCUAAACCUUUGCAUGUUAACAGUAACAUAUUUUAUCUGGGUAAUAGCCAGUAUUUGUCUGGAGUAGACCUCUUGAAAUCAAUGGACAUAAGCAACCACUGAUUUCACUGAGAUUACUCAGAAUAUGAUUUUCUUGGAUAUCACCUAUUGUCAACAGUUGACUUCAGAACUUAGUUUAAUGACUUAAUUGCAACUAUGGGGGAACAUUUGCUUAACAUGGAAUUUUGCAUGAUGUUCUCAUGUUGCUGCAUCAUCAUAAUAGUGCUCCAUUAGGACAGUGCAACAACAUCUGUAUUUUUAUAUAGUUGUCAUGGAUAUUUAGCAUUUCUCUUCCAGGUAAAAUGCUGAUUGUGCUGCUCAGUAUUUAAUCUCAAAAUUAAAGCAGCCCAGCCACCCAUUGGCCCCUCGGUGAAAGGCAGCUUCUUUCAGUUGAGUAGCUUGUUAAACCUUCUGCUCCAUCUUCUCUGUGACUUACAGGUACAUGCAAGUGGCUAGUUUGGUAAUCUUUUCUGCUCUUUUUGAUUAAAACUAGAAUAUUGGAUAGUUGAUGCAGAGUUUGUCCCUGCAGGAUAAACAUGAAUAGUACUUUCAGAUCAAAAUAGAAACAUCCUUGAGAGUCACCCCAGGUUUUUGAAAGAUGUCUGAAAACUUAAAGAAUAGUUCUGUCUUCUGCUUGAAAAUAUGUUUACCAGUCUGUGCUUCUCAUGGUUAUAAGGUCUUCUGAUCCGCUUGUCUGGAACUGCUGAUCUUCAAAGGAGCACAGAGAUCUGGUGUGCAGCCUACUAUACUGUUAUCCGCUAUGGCUGCAAGCUUUCCCCGCUAUAUUUAACUCAGACUAUUCUGAACCUUUGUAGAGCACACUAUAUAAUGCUUGUUCCUUUAUUUAGUAACUCAAGAUUUUGAAUAAUCUGUAGGAUUAACUUUCCUUUUCAUUUUUUAAACCCUUUCAGACAUUAAUGAUUCGUGAUUGGUGGAUGUGCAUGAUUAUCAGUGUAAUGUUUGAAUUUCUGGAGUACAGUCUGGAACAUCAGCUCCCAAAUUUCAGUGAAUGUUGGUGGGACCAUGUGAGUACUGUUCUCUAAAGAAAUAUGCUAAUGGAUCAAAUUACUACGCCAAGAAUCUACUUUAGGUGCUUUAGUUACUAAUGUGAGUAGCAUUAGGUGGAUGGGGGUGUUUCUUUUUCUUUCUUUUUUUAAUCCUUGCUAUCUGAAAUCCAGGUAGUUCUAAACUGUAAUAUUGUCUGUAUGAAUUACCUUUUUGUGUAUGCUAAUUAAAUGUCUGCUAUAUGGCAUGCUUGAAAAAGACUUAUGGUAGUUUAUGGACUCUUCCCAAUAAAUACAUUUCCUGCGUUUGGACAUAGCAAUGAGGAAUGUGCAAGAGAAAUUAACCUAGGACAACCUCAUACUUGCAACCCCCACCUCCACUGCAGCUGUGAGGAGGGAACUGGAAGCUUUUGUUUCAGUUUUUGGGUAGCUGCAGAUUAAAAUUACUUUGAACCCUAAAAUAUGGUUGGUCUUAACUAUAGUAUAGCAGAACUAACCAGCUUGGUAAGCAUAGCUUAGAAGUUGGCUUACUUUACUAAACCCAUAGUUAAGACUUAGCCACAUGAGAGCAAAAGCAUUUACCUCUAUUGUUUACUAACCACAGCUUGAGAAAUGUCAUUUCUUGUCCACUUUAGGUUAUACAACAAUCAUUUGAAAUAAUUUGUAGCAUGUGUUAAGUACAUAUCAGAAUUGUGCAAAAUUUUGUUGAAAACCUAAUUUAAUAGAAAGCAAAUGUAAAGUAUAUGCUUGUGAAUCCACACUACUGUAGUGGUGGUUUAAGUUAGUUUUUCUUUUCUUUUUAAGUGGAUUAUGGAUGUAGUAGUAUGCAAUGGACUUGGCAUUUAUUGUGGAAUGAAGACUUUGGGGUGGCUUUCUUUGAAAACGUAUUCAUGGCAAGGACUUUGGAACAUUCCAACAUACAAGUACGUUAAAUGAUAAAAUUUCAUACCUAAAUGAAAUAACUUUAAAUUCUAUGUAUGUUAAUGUAACCUAUUUAUUUUCAUUUGGGUUGUUAUAGUCAUUUCAUUCUGAUACAGACUAGGACUAAUCUAGAGUAAAUUAUUUAUUGCAUUUCACAGAGGCGUUGCUCAAAAAGAGUCUUAAGGUGACUAACAGUCAGUAUCCAAUAUACAACAAAUGUGAACAUAUAACAAUAGCUAAAUGGCUAGUGAUUACAACCUUUUUUUAAAAAAGAAUUUUUUAAAAACUAGAAAUAUGAAUUUAUGUUACAUAAAUAUUUGACUUUCUGGAAGGUGAUAGAUUAGGCCAACUGGCUUCUACAGGAGAUGAGGAAGAGGCAGUAGGGUGCUUUUUGCCAUUUUUACUACUAAAGCUAUAAAGAGUAACUAUGAUAUGAACCAUAUUUCUCAUGAAUGAAAUUGUUGCUCUCUAGCUUCUGUAAAUACUUCUCAAAAUGCAAAGUUGAGUAAGUCAAAGCUGACCACCAAUAACCAACUAUGGCUUGCUAAUUACCAGUGUAAAACCAAACGUUUCUUAUGCAUCAUUCAUAUUUCUGAUAUGCUUAUUCAUUGCAUUAGUCUUUAAAGAAGUGUGUUUUAGACAGUAAUGUUCCCAGGUACCAAGUUCCUUAUAGUUCCUUUCUUAUAGCAUCAGUCUUUAAAGACAGGAGAAUAGCUUUCUUGAUUGGCUUCAUUCACACAAAACACUAAACCAUGGCUUAGUCUUAAUCGUUUGUAGUUCAACAAACCAUAAGUCAUCCAUCUCUCAGCCGAGCAAACAAGUACAGUAAUGGAUUGUUUCUCUAAAGCUUGGUUUGUUUUCCAAACUUCUUCACUCAUACCUUUAUAGCUUGACAUGCAUCUGGAGUAGGAUGCCAAACAACCCAUGGUUAAGCAAAACUGUUUGGUUCAAACAUAAUGUCAAAUCAUAGUAAAGGCAAACCAUGGUUCAUAAGCCAACAGCAAACAGUGCCUUUGCACUGUGGUUUGUAGCCAAAGAAAAAGCCCUUGGUUAAUAUGCAGGACUUCAAGCCCAUGGAGUCAAACAUUCAAACAAACCAUAGUUAGGCUGGACAAAUAAAGACCAUAUUGUAGAAAAGAACUAUGGCCAAAUUGCUUUCUGUAAAGAAAAAUUGUCUAGGAGCCAUAUGUGAAAUCUCUUAAUUUAGGAUAUUUACCACUUUUUCUCAAAUGGUCUAUAUAAAUGUGUAUUGAUAAUUAACCAUUUAAAUAAUGAAUCCAGUUUUAACUAGAGGGAUAGCCAAGCUCAAAUCAUGAUCACUUCCAAACAAAUCCAUACUAAUUAUUGAUUAGUAUGAUUAUAGCAAUACAGGGAGUAAGACAGUAAUCUUGAAAUAUGAACAAAAAUUCACUGAUAUUUGAAGCAAAGUAAGUUGAUUUUGUAUAACUUAAUAAGCAAUUUAUUCAAACCUUUUUGGCUUAGCUCAAGGUCUAAUAUCUAAACAAAGUUAACAAAUCCACCAAAUUUAUUCCCAGCAUCCUUGAGCUGCAGUACUGACUAUGGAACAGAGUUUUGGGUAUUUGAAUAGAUAGUGAAAUAAAAAUCAUAAUUUAGUAACUUGUGACAUGGUUAAUGCAACACUUUUCAUGAGAUACUUGUGAUUUUCUCCCUCAGAGGAAAAAUGAAGAGAAUUGCCUUCCAAUUCACGCCAUACAGCUGGGUUAAAUUUGAGUGGAAGCCAGCAUCCAGUCUUCGCAGAUGGCUAGCAGUCUGUGGUAUUAUUUUUAUAGUAAGGACCAAUACUUUAUUGUAGCUGCACCAAACUGACAUAAGUGUUUAGAAUUCUUCUUGCUUUUUAACAUUACAAAGAUGGAGUUCUCAAAUUCUCCCCAUGUCAGAAAAAGACUCAUUGAGUCUGACAUAGUGAAGGGUAGGGUUUCUCUAGCAGCAUGCCUAUAUUUAUCCCAGGAGCAAGGCAAUUGUAAGAAGUAAGGAGAGAAGAAACCAUCUGUACCCAUAGCAUCUGCAAGUAUCUAUAAACUGUGCAGAGUGUGCCAAUUUAUAGCAGGGACUGCUAUUUCAUUUAUUAUAAGCCAUUUUGGCCCAAUUGGUGUGUAACACUAAGCCUAAACCAUGGCUCAACAUUAAUGAGCAAAUGUGUGUGUUUCUGGAGAAAAGAUUGCAACCUCUUCUGGUCCUGAUGCUGUGAGCUAAGCCAUGCUUUGGUUUAAUACUGCAUCUGAACCUGGGCUUAUGGUUUAUCUUGCUGCAGACAAACCUCAAACUGUAAGCCAUAGAACAGAGCCUGGCUACAAGUCAUUGUUUGUCUGGAGUGGGAUAAACCUGGCAUAACAUUAAGCCAAGCUAUGACAGCCUACAGCCCACAGAAGCACCAGGACUAGAGGAGCAUAAUGGUUGCGAUGUUCUCUUGGGGAACCUGUUCAAUGUUUGGCUUAACAUUGAGUGAAACUAGGUCUUUGAGUGUGACAGAAGUGGGGUAAAAUUUUAUUAAGUUCCCUGUUAAUACCUGUGCAGGGAAGCCAAGAACAUGCUUCCCCAUUGUUCCACUGUUGUAUAGCUAAAGACAGAAAGAUGGCCACCUGUGUGGUUCUCUGAUUCUGAAGUAAGAGAAAAUACCUCCUUAUUACCUCUGGGGGAGGAAUACCAUUCUUGCAAGGUACUGCAAGUACCGUAUUUUUCGCCCCAUAGGACACACUUUUUCCCCUCCAAAAAUGAAGGGGAAAUGUGUGUGCGUCCUAUGGGGUGAAUGCAGGCUUUCGCUGAAGCCUGGAGAGUGAGAGGGGUCGGUGCACACCGAUGCCUCUAGCUCUCCAGGCUUCAGGAAGCUAUCCGCAAGCCUUGCAAGCCCGGCGGGAGUUCCUGCGGGCUCACAAGGCUUGCGGGCAGCCGUCUGCAGCCCGAAGCAUGGGGUGCCCUCCGGAGGGCGCCCCGUGCUUCGGGCGGGUGUCCGCAAGCCUUGCGCGCCCUGCGGGAGGUCCCACCGGGCGUGUGAGGCUUCGGGCAGGUGUGCGCAAGGCUUGGGGCUGCAGCCGCGGCUGGGGGGGGGGAAAUAAUUUUUUUUUAUUCAUUUCCCCCCCAAAAAACGAGGUGCGUCCUAUGGGCCGAUGCGCCCUAUAGGACAAAAAAUACGGUACAUUCAAAUUCCUAUACUUAAGGAUUUACAGCAUGUUUUAAAUAUGAAUAAUUGGAAACCACCUGAAGUUAAGUGAUUGAAUGGCACAUGUCUCUCAGUUUUUAUUAGCAGAGUUGAACACUUUUUACUUGAAAUUCGUCUUGUGGAUGCCUCCAGAACACUAUCUGGUCCUGCUGCGGCUUGUCUUUUAUGUGAAUGUGGGAGGUGUAGCCAUGAGAGAGAUCUAUGACUUCAUGGAUGAUCCGUAAGUGGUUACUCUUAUUCAUGCUUAUUUGCUUAAUUUUAGAAUUUGUGAGAAUUGCUGCAUUUUAGUGGCAAAAAUAUUAGGGCAAUGGAUGGAUCAGUCUGCUGCUGCUAAAACAUCUGUAGCCUUGAGAAGAGUUGCAGUUUUUUGUUUUCAAACACAAAAUAUAUCAUUGUUUGCCAGUUAUAUGCUUUGGAUUGCAAAUGUCACUUUGCUGUGUGCUGUCCUCAAACGUUACCACACAACAACCUGAAAAUAUGCUAAUGAUUCAUAUUAGCUUGGGCACAGUUAGCUUUUGCAUAGAACAGCACUUUGAAUGGCCUUUUCUAAGGGACUGAAUGAUUGAGGGAAAUAGCUGUGUCUGGAGGGUCUAGCUAUAAGACCCUUCUUAAAUCUUGUUCCUUGAGAUUUUCCAACAGAUCUCUUUCACGUCCUAUACAUCUUUAGAAUUAUAUAAGUGUCUGCCCUCGCAUGGCAGUGCAUGGACUAAACACCUGCCUGAUUAGAGCUUGUUCCAUCUGCUUCCUUGUUUAGCAAACAGUAGGACCCAGAUCCCUUAGACUGAGUUUGGUUUUGGCUUAGUGGUGAUGGAACAAACUGGCUGAUCCCACUACUUAAGCUUAUUGUUUCUUCACUGACCAACACAAAAAGUGUCUGUGUUCAGAAUCUAGGGUUCCAAUACUUUAUGAAGAUCAGUUUCUCUUGCAAGUCUUUGACUCCUAGAACUGGGAAGAAGGGCCCAACCUGAUUACUUAGUCGGAAUUCAGGACAUUCAGCAGUGACAGGCCAUUCCCUGCCCCCUGGUGUUGGACCUACUGAUUUGGGAUAUACUUCCUGCUUUAAGGUAAGAAGAGGCCUCUGUUUCUCAUUAGUGAGCUCCUCUCCUCAGCAUCCCGGCCCAUCUUCUAGUCCUUGUGUUUGAGCUGAAAAAACAUCUUGUCUCUUGUUCUUCUGCCCUCUGUUCAACUACAUGGCAUAACAUUGGAACAGGGGAGCAUCAUAAGUCACCAGUGCCUCAUUCACUGUGUUGCCAUUCUUUGCUAAUUCAAGAUGCAGAAAUUGAUGACUACAUGCAGCAAAGAGAGCCAUCAUGAGUUAUAGAUGAACAAUAUUCUACUACUUGCUUUUCUUAUUGCUAAAGUGAUAGCACAUCCUAGUUCUGCAGAUGUUCCAGAUCCAUAUGAAGUUAAGAAGAAUUUCCCCACUCUCACAUUUUCCGCUGAUAAGAAUGUUGGAAGCAAAAGAACUGUCUCCAUAACUGCUUUUUUUCCUCCCUAAAAGGCAUCUUUUCAAACACAACGUAUAUAAUUCUCUGAAAAAUCUUAGCCUUUUACUUCUUUUCUGAUACCUUCUACAUCAUUUUAUGAGGAAGUCAGAAUGAUUUAUCAAACAAUUCCUAAAUAAUAAUAUUUGUUUAGAGGAACCAUUUCCUGCAAAACAUCCCAGAUUUUACUGUGUACAUGCUACUGUCAUGCAGCAGGAAAGCUGUUCAUUUAAGAGUCUAUAAACUUAACAUUCAUUUGCAAAUGUGAUUUUUAUCAGUCUUUUUCCAUCUGCAGCAAAGGAUUUGGGAGUGUAUAGGCCCAAAUGUGGGGAAACUUCUUGAAUUCAAGACAGAAGUGAAGGCUCUUAUCCCUGCCUUUCUAAUGGCUAACUACACAUGUGCCAGAUGACAGAGUAAUCAGCUUUGUAAUCAGUUUUUCUUUUGUUUUACUGAUGCUGCGUUCACAAGAGUCCUUUUGUUCUGAGGCCUUUCUACUUCAUAUAUUCUUGGCAAAUAUGUUUUGCCUUUCCCUAAAGAGUUUUUUGCAUUUUUUCCCUACUUUCUUCAGUUAGCGGGACAGUUGUCUGCAGCUUUCUUCUUUCGUUUCUUGCUUCUACCUAAGCUGCCUCCCUCCCAAUAAUGGCUGCUUGGUUCAUGGCAUGGCGGGAGGGCUUUAAAACUCCUUUCGAUAUGGCAAGGAAGCUCCUUUUGCAGCCAGCAACAGCCUAUCUUUUCUUCCUUGGAGAGGCCACCAUCAACAAGACAUAUGGGGCCUGUGAAACUUCAGAAAGAGCAACAGACUGGAACAGCUCCUAUUUGUGAAUCUCCUUCUGGGAGGAGGUUCUAGAUGCCUCACAACUAAGCACAGCCUCUGUGAAGGUGGCAACAAACAGGUAUACCUAAAGCAAAAUGUUGUAUUGAUCUACUGGACUGUAUUCACAAAGCCAACCAUAUACUGUGAGCAGUAAGAUGGCAGGGCCACUUAACAACUGAGGAGGCUUGACUUAGAGCCUGAGGAUUUCUUCGCUGACAAAAUGCCAAGGCAGUUUGGACAUUUGAACUUUCUGGGAAAUUUUUAAAUGGCAAGAUACUUGUCUUGAAUUCCUGAUUUCUCUUUGAAAAUCUUUACCACUUGUACCUCUUUCAAAACGGCUGGCCGUUCUUGGUUAUGGUGGUCAAACGUCUCCUUAAAGGUCCCAUGCUUCUUUUUUAUCCCUGUUGAUUUUCGGAAGAAAAUAAUCAUAUGAAACUAGCUGAGUCACUCAUUUUUGCUUCUCUGAACAUAUCAGAAAAAAUUAAGGACUUCAGAUUGGUUUUAAGUUUGAUUAUUUUAACAAUCUUUGGCAUAGCUAAGAUCAAAUUAUUGAUUUAAAUACUUAGGUUUGAUUCAAAAGGUUCUAAAGCUGUCUUGCAGUGGAGUCCAUCCUAGGCACACCAUAUAAGCAUCAGUGCGUAGACUGUUUUAAUUGUCCUGACAGUAAAAUAAUUCUGUGAAAUAUGAACAAUAGCACUGACGUUCAAUACAGCUCUCAAAGGCAGCUCUUUGUAAAUAGAUACAAUUCUUUGUCAUUGAAUUCAAGUUUGGUUGAAUAAAUCUCGCCUUUCAACAGCACAUUGUCUGUAAGGCAGGAAACUUUCCACUGUUACUGCUUCUUAGUGGCUUCCUUAUUGAUUGCAUGCUUUGUAGGAGAUGGAGAAGAGUAGCUUCUGCUCUGCCUCCACAAUCAGCUUGUCAAAUACAUGGAGAGAGAUGUAGGGGACUAUUAUCCUGAAUUUAGUAAAGUAUUUUCAUCAUGUUGUAUUAGAGUGGUACUCAAGUCAGUCCAGAACAAUCUUGAAAAAUGAAGAAGGAAAGUUAAUGACAAGCUACAGUCCAUCACAGAACAGAAUAACCUGAAGUCUCCAAUAUGGAUCAAGUAAACAACUGGGAUUUUUAAGGCUCUCAUCUUGAGUACACUUUGGCCCGGUGUUGCUGUUGAUUAUUUAUUAAAUUUGUAUACACCCUUCAUCUGAAGAUCACAGAGCAGCUCACAACAUAAAAAUACAAAAUGAGAAUGCAAAAUACAGAAUAAAACAAAAAUAAACCAGUAACAUCCCUGCCACAAACACAUUUAAAAGGGCAUGUUAAUCAGCCCAAGGCCUGGUUAAAGUUCAUAUAGAGAGAGUCUGAUUUGCCCUCUACACUGAAAAAAGUUGUUGAAAUGAGAUGCAAUAGCCAAACUUUCAACAGAAGGCAGCACUCCCCCCCCCCCCCGCCCAGUUCUCUGUAAAUUUAAAUCUUUUCCCAAUAGUAGAGCAGGAAAUUGAAAGCCCAAUCACUCAUAUUGUUGCUCUUCAGUACCUUUCUUUUUUCAGGCAGACAAUGUUGACAUGGUCAUCGCCACCCCUUCAAUCUUAAAUAGCCUUUUAGUUCCUUUUCACUAUCAUGCUGCUCUUCAUCUUUUCCCCCAGUUCUGCCAUGCACUUACCUAUGGCUACCAUGAUUAAAUUUCACUUUGCAGUUUGUCAUGCUGUGUUUUGAAAAACAUGGAAAACUGGAUUGGGAAGAUGGGAGGAAAGUAUUCGUGCAUUCCCUCUGGAUUAUAUAAAUAAUGCACUGUUAGGGUUAUUUUCAAAGAAUAAUGUCAAGAGGAUAUGGAAUCAAAGCAAUUUGAUGUCAGUGUUGGUUGUGUUAGUCCUAGAUAGCUAGCUGAUGGAAGCAGGUAUACGAGUGGUGGAGUUUUGGUUGGUCUUAUCUCUUGGAAGUAUCCAUUGGGGUUCCUGACAGGUUUUGUGGAGAAAGGUUCGGACCAUAGAAGUUUCCCUACCUUAUUCAGGCCUAAGAUCACACAUGUUUUACAAUCCUUGAUAUUAAAAGCAUGAAGUGAACUGAAGACAAAUCAGGAUGAUAAGGUGAAACCUAACAACAGUGGGAGUACAAAAAGUCCUAUUAUUAUUAUUUAUUAUUUAUUUAUUUAUUUAUUUAUUUAUUUAUUUAUUUAUUAAAUUUGUAUACCACCCUAUACCCGCAGGUCUCAGGGCAGUUCACAAUAUAAAAACAUGUGCUAAAUAGGAACACAGGGCAUCACCACAUUUGAAUUGAGACCCAUUUCUUUUUGUGGUAAGAUACUUUAUUCAGCUAUUUGAAAAAUAGUCAAAUUACAGUUUGUUAGAGGCUGCAGAGACCUGGGAGCUCUUUGCCCCUCUGCUGCAUUGCACACCAAGACUAGAUGUGAGUGGUAUGGACUUGUCCUGAAUAGUAUUUCGUUUUUUAAGAGUAAAUGGGUGGGUUUUCUCCCAUAUGGGUUCUACCUGAUCACACUAUUCUUGGUUUCCCCCCCUCUUGCCUACAGUGGCUUACUCAUCUCAGACUUUUUGGAGUUAUCUCCUUUGCAAUCUUCAGACCAGUCUAGUUUGUUGCCCCGACAUUGCUUACAACACAUUGUAGUUUGGAAUCUAGGGGCCGACUGGUAGAGAGCCAAUCUGUAGAUAACAAUCUUGCUUUACAGUAUUCUUGUGCAAGGUGGGACCUCUUGAAGCGCUUUUUAGUGCCUUCCAGCUCUAUGUCAUAGCUGACUGCAAGCACAUAGGUAAGGGCCUUAUAGUAAGACAGACUACUGAACCAGCUAAUUUGGUGUUGCCUCAUUUGCCUAGCAGAAAGAUCUCAUGUAGAGGUUUUUCUCAGCGAUAAGAUAUGAGAUCUUUCAUCUGGAGAUACCAGGGGUUGAAUCUGGGUCCUUAUAUGUGCAAAGCAUGGCUUAGUGAUAGAACAUGUGGCAUAUUUCUUUUCCACUCUCUAGAAAUGGACAUGAAAAUGCACUGUUAAUCUAGGGUAGAAAAAUCUCCCAGUUGUUAUCUGGAAUACCAACUAGAUUUGUAUCAUUUGUACCUGCAGUCCUUCUUAUUGAGAUAUGAGAUAGCUAUGGGAGACCCUGUUUCUCAAUUUUCAGUGGAUAUUCUCAAAAUUUUGAAAACAUAUGUUCUAUCCUUCCAGUGCUAUCUGGAUGCUGAUACACUGCAGUGUCCUUGCUCCAUUUCCCUGGUUGAAAACUUGUUCACCACUGUCCUGUGAAAACUAGCUUUUCCUGAAAAAUUGUCAAUCCAGUCUGUUUUAUUUGUGAUUGUUCUUCCAUAGUAAAUUGUAAUCACUUUGGAAAUCCUGUAUUGGUAGGCAAUAUUUUAAGAGGCAGUUGAGAGUUGCAAGAUUUUGAAAAGAUUGCUGAAUUCCUUUUUUGCAGACUGUGUUCAUGGCUAUAUAGAUAUUUUGAAACACCUAAUAUAUAUGUUGAAGCCAUUUCCUAAUGCCCUGUGUGACCAAGAAACUGAACACAACAAAAGCCAUAUGUCAUUGUCGGUUCAUCAGCUUCCACGAACUUCUGUGGAACAAAGCAAAUACUUUGCAGUCUGGAACAGCUGAGAGGUCAAAAAACCUCUGUCUCUCAUGCUUGAUUCUGGGAUCACCAGGGACACAGGGUCCACCCAACCUCACUGGCAUUGCUUUGUGUAUGUUUUCACUUUCCUCCAUAUAAAUGAAUGGUGUUCAUUCCAACAGAGAAAAUAUAUAGUAUUGCCAGCAACCCUGACUGGCUGACCUAGCCAUCAUCAACAGAGACUUCAGCUUAGGGUAGGAAAAACAGAGCAGUGCUCCUUCCCAUCCUGCUGAAGGUGGUUCCAAUGUAGAGAAAGAAGGGAGCAAUACACUUCUGGUGUAUUGCCACCAAUAUCUGGAUUUAAGAGGAGGGAAGACAGCACUGUAGAGAACUGCCACUUCUCUGUGUUAAACACAGCUGCAGAGUUGGGGCUGUGAAAAUAAAUUGUCCCACUCCACUCUUCCAGGACUGGAGGAAAUACUUAGUUUGGAGAAACAGAGGACAGGCCAGAUUUGGAAAAUCAUGCCCUGUCUGAAGCAAUUGUUUGCAGGAGGGAAAUGUCCACACACACCCAUUGGGCAACAUUUUAAUGCUAGUAAAUAGAAUAAGGGCAAUAAGGAUUAACUUUUCUUGCUAUAGCAGUGGCUCUUGUUUAAAAGUUUCCUUGUGUAGAUUUUUCCAGGAAGUGUGUGUUUUAAGGCAACAAAUAGGGGAUGUGACUUUUUAUUUCCCAUUGUAGAAACAGAUAACUUAGUCAUGCCUCUUGAAGAAUUUUGCUGGAGCUUGUUUUGUUAGAGCUUGUCACUUCAAAGUUCAUUUGCUCUGUCAUGUUACUGAACAAUAAAGUUCUGCUUUGUAAAUAAGGGGAAACUGCACACUAGAUUAUUUGCUUGUCAACUGUUAAGCCACACAAAAUUGCUAUAUAUUUUUUUCAACCUUCAGUGGUAGAAAUUAGAAGGGCAGUUGUUAAAUUAAACUGUAUCUUCCUUUUUUUUUUUAAUUGCUGAAGAACAAAGCUAUUAUACAGUAUUGUGUGUAAUAUGGUCUUGUUAUCAGAGAAGUGCCUAUUCUGUUUUUGUUUUGGAAAUACCAUUUUGAAUGUACACCUAUGCACUAAUGCUGUUUUAUUAUUGCAGAAAGUUCUAUAAGAAGUUGGGUCAGCAAGCAUGGCUGGUUGCUGCUAUCACAGCUACAGAGUUCCUUAUUGUGGUAAAAUAUGAUCCCUACACCCUGACGUUAUCACUUCCUUUCUACAUUACUCAGUGCUGGAUUCUUGGAGUCACACUUGUGCUUAUUUGGACAGUGUGGCGUUUCUUUAUUCGGUAAGCAAGGGUUGACUGGACUAGGUGAACUCAUGGUCUGAUCCACCAGGCGUCUAUUGACAGUGCUAGUCUGGGCAUACCCUGGAACUGGCUCACUGCAUGCAUUUUCUCCCUUUCUCCAUUGCUGCAGGCUAAUUCCUGCUCCUGCCACUUUGCUUAAAGCCACUGGGCUAGAAUCAACUAAACAGUUGAGAUAGUGGAAGCCAGUGCCCCCACUCUUCUCUCUCUACGCAUCUCUACCAAAAAGGCAGGGGGGGGCACGUAUAUGUCAGGAGAGUCCCCCAGAACAAUGUACAGGGGAGAAGACUGGAGAUUUUGUUCUGUCUGGCAGACAGAAAUGCAUGUGCUGAUGGAAUGGUUAUAAUUGUGCAACACUGAAUUCCACCCUUCAGCUCUAAAUCUGGGGGAGAAAAUGGGAGCAGCUGCUUGCACAAUGGAGAAACUGAAUUGAUAGUGGCAACUUGCUCCUUGUCUUUUAGUAGCUGGACAGUUGGAAUUGAUGGAGUUUAUAAAGAAGUGGGGGGGGGGGACAAAUUUGUGUGUGGGGUGGGAAGGAUAUUCUCCAAAUCCUGAGUAUUUACACGGCUACUGUAGUUGCUGUAGAAUUAUCAGCUUAGAACUAGGAAAUGCUUAAUGUUUAGCUAUAGCCAAACUCUGAGUUUGGUCAUAUAAUUGCCUCAUUCAGGGAAAUGAAAAGAAGCAACAAAAGGACUGAGCUUUUUCUAAAUUUAUGGUGUUUCUCAUUUUUCCCCUCUGAUAUUUUUCUAAAAUGUAUUUGUUUUAUUUCUAGAAAUAUCACCUUACGGUAUAAAGAGAUAAGGCGGCAAAAACAAGAACAUAAAUAUGGGAAGGACAAUUGUUUAAGCAAUGGUGAUGGACAUCCUGUACUGGCAGAUGAGCACAGUGGGAAUAAACUCAGAGAGAAAGAACUUUGAACUUGAGUAAUGAAUUAAGGACUGAGAGAGUUAUUUUUCUUGCAAGUUUAACCCUCCCUAGUUUUGUAAGUUUUGAUGUUUUCUCAUGAAUGAGAAUCCUUUUGGAAAAGGUGCCACCUAAUCUCUCUUGAGGAAGGUGUUUACAACUAAUGCUAGAAGCAAUGCUUCCCCCAAAAGGGGAACUCCGCCUAAGUGUGUUAUAAAUGUCUGUCAUCUUACAAAAUGGAGGAUUAAACAGGUGCAAAGGGAAUCUUAGUAGCCUCAGUUCUGGAAAACCAUGGCUGUUUGUGGGGCGUCAGGAACACAUUCUAUGGAAUAAAUAUGUGCACUGUGAAAAACAGUUUGGUAUUUUCCGCUGCAACUACCUUGGACUGUGGUACUAAUAUGUCCUCCUCAUCCAUUCAUUUCCAUUCAACUAUUAAUACAAUAUCAACAAAACAAAUGGAGAGAUGCAAUUGAAGCUCGAGAACAAACUGCAUAACUUUGCACAUUAUAUUAUUGCAAACAGCUCUUGGGGGUCCUGGAUCUAGUUGCCUAUGUCUCAAAGCAAAGGUGCAUUACCUUGAAACAGCCUGCUAGUUUUAUACUGCAUCCUCUUGAUACCAAAUACCUCUUCAGUUCAUAUUUAUCCUGGUCUUAGGCCAGAAAGUUUAACUUUCCUGUCUGUUAGCUAAAUAGAGCAAGUGAAGGCUAUAAUGAACGUGAAAAAUAUUUAAUCCACCAAAGCCGUGUGUUCUUUGCCUUAUUUUUCUACCACUGAGCUGGUUUCUGCUCUUGCCUUGAGUCUUAGGACUGCCCCCCCCCCAAUUGCACAUGGCAGAGCAUGUCAUAUGAUCAUCCAGAACUGUCUUGUUACUUCUAGAGUUUAAGCUGCACUAGAUAAGGUGGAGUUAUAUCGAGGCAACUGCAGUGUGCACAGUCAGCCACUAUAUGCUAAAAGGCUACUGCUCAUGAGAGCAUCCAGUCCAAGAACUCUGGCUGUCUUAUUUGUCAUUUGCCUCCUAAAACUCCAUUGAACAAAUGGGAGUUUAUGUUACAAAUAUAUUCUCUACAAUUAGAGUUGUCAUAGGAACGGGUUUCACAUUCCUAAAACAGUUGUGUGAAUUUUCUCCUUAAAUGUAACACUAAAUUAAUAUUAACAAAAUAACACUGUCUUAAAUCUGUUGAAACUUCUGGAAAUUUGCUUUGAAGUGAAUAUAAGUUAAAAUGUUAGCCCUCCCCUCCCUCCUCUCUCUCUCUCUCUCUCUCUCUCUCUCUCUCUCUCCCCUCCCCUCCCCCAAUAAAAUCUCAAAAAUGCUGCGGGUUAAAGCACAAUGCACAGACCUUGGCUUCAUUUCAUGUCAAUACUUGAAUGGGAAAACAAGUCUGCCUUUGCCUUGUUUCUACAAUGACACUAAUGUUCUCUUCUUAAACAAUAGACACUUUCAGCAGGGCAAAAUUUAAAAAAUAUUUCCAUAUAAAUGAAUCUUAGAAAACUCAGCAAAUGAAGUAAUUUUUUUAGCAUAUAAAAUGACUGAAGGAACUCUGUUUCAUGAUGAUCAGAAUGAGGAAGAUCAUAUGAAGCUUAUUUCUUGAUUUGUGCGAGAUUUACUGCUGUUAAGUCACUGAAUGGGUGAUGUUUAUAAUUAGGAUUUUUCAGCUGUUCAGUAAUAAGAAAUACUAUGGCUAUAACUAGGCAUUAACAGACAUCUUAAAAGAGCAGAUGCUGAGUUGAGCUGGUACAUAAAAACAAGCCUCUCCCCACAUGGAAGCAGUAGGUUUUUGAAGUUGUUCAGGUUAAUUUUGUACCUGUUUUGUGAACUGACUAGAGGUAGUACCAGUGUACCUGUGCUAAUGUGGCCCUAGUUUUUCAAGGCUUGCAUAGGCAUAUAGUCCAUGUCUGUUUUUGUACUAGUAAACUCUGCCCCCUUGUAAUUUUGUAUUGUAGUGUCCUCCAUGUAUUCUGGUGGUAACAAGUGCAAUGGGGAGAACGUGAAAGGAAUUUUAACUUUGUUUUGUUUUUUGAGGAACCAAUUGUGUAAAAAUUGAGGUAUAAGGGGUGGGGGAAUUGAAGUUGACCUCCUCUUAAAACAUUACUUUUGUACUGAUCUUUAUGUUCAUUGAAAUAUUGAGUCUUACAGUUAUAGUCUGGAUAACUGAACAGAUGUAAUAAAAGGUUGUUUGCUGGUGUGUCCUGAAUUACAAAUUUUGUUUUGGAGGGGAGUGGGUUCUCAUUGACUACAUAGCUGUGAUUUUCUAAGAGUGAUGGAAAAGCCUAACUCAUUGAAGAGUUAUUAACGUGGCUACACUAAAAGUAGAUAAUUAGGAACAUUCUCUUAACUUGCCCAAGGUUUAAAUAGGCACACCUAGGUCCUGUUGGUUUUAAGGGAACAUGGAUCUGUAUUGCACCAAAUUAUUCAGGAAUAUCUUGAAUUUCCUGUGGAAGUAAAACAAAAUGGUUACAGGUCAAAUCACAUUUCUUGUUCAUAAAGCUGGGGGGCCAAUAGACAAGGAGAAGCUGAUUCAUGUAGACUUUCCAUUAAGCACGAAAAGAGCUUUCAGAUGUUUCUUCAGGCUACAUUUGUCACACUUACGAGAUAGCCUAGAGAUAUGGCUGUAGUGCUAACAUUACACAAGAGGCUCACUGCCAGUUCUCUCCUUGCUGGAAUAUCAGUUUCAUCAUCUGUGAGGUUGAGAAAACCAGUUAUUGACCCCUUCUUCUGAGUUUCUGAAAUCUGACCUCUGGCUGUGGAAGUGUAGUGAUGCUUUCUCCCAGUAUUCUGUCUUCCAGAAUUAAGGGUUCACCAGGAGCUUGUGUUGCAAUGCCAUAAUGUAAAAUAGGUGUCAAGGAGUACAGAAUGAACUGCAGCUGUCUUGUUACUAAUAUUACCUACCAUAUAUUUUAAUUUAGACACUUGCAUAAGCAAAGGUGUAUUGAGUGCCAUCUGUCUAUAGCUAUAAUCCUUGUAGCUGCUUUUGCAUCAGUACAGAGGUACUGAGCACAUGGCCAGGUUCUGGUAAAUAUGGGUUUUGCUUGAAAUGUAAAAUGGAUUAAAUUCCCUAUUACAUUUUAAAAAUGUAUAUCAUACCUUAUGCGUUAUUUGCUUAUUGGAACUGACUUUAAUUUUAGGCCAUGUCCAAUAAUGCAUAGGAGAAAAUAAAUACAAAAGCUAUUGUUUCUAUUACUCUAGGCUUUAGGUAUAGGAAACUCUGGACUGUGUGGCACAGUAAACACUGUCUAAUUAGCAUGUGAUAGCUGUGUUUGUACAAAACAUAAAAUAUUCUGGUGUAGACUAGAGUCAAAUUAAGUAUGGAAGGAGAGGGAGGUCGGUCUAGGAGGAAAAUAGUAUGGUAGUGGGGACUACAAUUGAUAGGAAUUACAGAUAAAGAUAAACCAAAGAAACCUCACCUUAAAUAGAACCUGUUCUGGACCAUCCUUUGAUUUGUAAGCCUUUAUCAGACACUGCCUACAUAUUUCUAACUCUUUCUGAGAGCAGAAAAAUCUCAGGAGCCCAAAUUCCAAGAUGCUUCAUUUCCUAUGUGACUAUAAAUCCAACACUCAUACUGAAAGAUGCUGAUAACAUCCCUUGCUGCCUUGGCACUAUUUCUGGUUAAUUUGAGCUCAGAAAUACGAAAGUGAUGCUUAGUGUGAAAAGGUAAAUGAGCUGUCUUUCAGAGUCUGUCUGAAAAGUGUUAAAAAGAACUUAGCACUUGUCUGAAGCCUAUGCUGUUAAAAAAAAAUGCAGAGAGAAAACAGCUUCCAUUUAUGGUGCAGUGCUUCUGGGUGCCAGCCUGACAUCUUUGCAAAGGAAGUGUUGUUUUCUAAAGACAGAAUUGUAGUGUUGAAAGGGAUGAUGAGGGUCAUCUAGUCGAGCUACUGCAAUCCAGGAAUCUUUUGCCCAAUACGGGGCUCGAAUUUGAAAACAUUUAUGAGCUGCAGUGAGCUAAUGAACAGUUAUUAGUGCUGGCUUCAAUACGAAGACCUAGGUUCCAGUCGUUUAGAAAAAGUGGGGGUCAAGGAAGCAGCAAAAGUAGAUAGGUUCUCCCCACCCCCGGCCGCCACAUCUUUGCCAAAAGCCCCUGUAUAUCUCAGAUCUGGCUCAAAAACAAAAUCACGCAAGAAGGCAUCAGUUGCCACAGGCAUUUUGAUCUAUUUGAGCACAUCAUUGUUUCCAGUAAGGAUGUUCUGAACUGAAGGCUGUAUAUACAUAUUACAACAUUAAAGCAUAUUGAAAGCACAUUUCCCUCGAAGAAUUCUGGGCACUGUAGUUUAUCCCUCACAGAGUUACAUUCACAGCAACCCUUUUAUCUGAAAAAUUAUAAUCCACUUUUUCCAAAAAUAUUGCAAGUCAGUUUACAACAUAUAAAAUUCAAUAAAGUCAAUCUUCUGUAUAUAUCUAAAGCAUAAUUAAAAACCUCAGUAGGUACAGUAUACAGUUAGGGAAUUCCACAUAGCCUGCUUGUGCUGGGUUCUGUUUCACAGUCACACAGGGCGUUCGAAACUGGCUUCUAUUUAUAUAAUAAGGUGAUUCAGAAGUCUAUAUAGCAACAAAUGCAGUGUGCUAAAAGGAAUUCAGCCAUCUUCUAAAAAUCCACAUUAUUUCCAAGGUGGUGUACACUUUGCUAUUUUAUUUAAUUUGUCUUAUCGCCUUUCAUCCAUUAAUUUAAGGGUUGCUCAAAACAUAAAGAGACAAGAUUUUUAAAAAUGCAUAAUAAAAACAAUAACAAAAAACCCCCACCUCACAAACUGAUACCCCCUCUCCCACAAACAACAUUUAAAAGAAUAUAGGAUAUUAAUCAGCCUGGUUAAGAGGAAUGUUUUUGCCAGGCACCUAAAAGUGUAUAAUGAAGGUGCCAGCCAAAGCUCCCUGGAUAAAACGUUCCACAAAUGGGGAGCCACUGCAAAAAAAGGCCCAUUCGCAUGUUGCCACACAUUGGACCUCUCGUGGAGGAGACAUACAAAGAAGGGCCUCAGAUGAGGAUCCCAGGUUCCAGGUAGGCUCAUAUGGGGAGAAGCAGUCCUUGAUGUAUUGAAGCCCUAAGCCGUUUAAGGCUUUAUUGCUCAAAACCAGCACUUUGACUUGGGCCUGAAAACUAAAAUGGCAGCCAGUGUAGUCAGGCCAGGAUCAGUGCUAAAACCAUUUUGCCUCAGUGAGCAACCUAGCCACCAAAUUCUGUACCAGUUGAACUUUCUGAAUUAUCUUCAGAGGCAGGCAGAGGGGAGACAGGCAGUAGUUUAAUGGGAACAAGCAGCAGAAAUGGGCAAAUGCUCUCAUAAGAGCCAGGUUUUAGUUGCUCCUAAAAAAGAUCAAACCUCUCCAUUCUUAAGGAAAUCAGCCCUGAGUGCUCACUUGAAGAACAGAUCGUGAAGCUGAGGCUCCAAUACUUUGGCCACCUCAUGAGAAGAGAAGACUCCCUGGAAAAGACCCUGAUGUUUGGAAAGAUGGAGGCCACAAGGAGAAGGGGAUGACAGAGGAUGAGAUGGUUGGACAGUGUUCUUGAAGCUACGAACAUGAGUUUGACCACCGCGGGAGGCAGUGGAAGACAGGAGUGCCUGGCAUGCUCUGGUCCAUGGGGUCACGAAGAGUCGGACAUGACUAAACGACUAAACAACAACAAAAAAGCAAGGAGUAACAGAGACAAAUAAACCCACUUGGGGAGCUCUUUCCACAGUCUAGUUGGAAAAGUCAUGCCAUGGGACCCACCCAUGAAAUGUCAAGCAUUAGGAGAACCAUUAAGCAGCUUUAGCUGUUUAGCAGAGCGCCUGGGCAGACUCACAUGGAAGGAGUGGAUAUUUUCCCCUAGAUACUGAGGUGUUAACAGUAUUUUAGACUCUCACAUAUACUAACUCAGAACUGUCAGGUUCCUUUUUCAGUUUGUCAACCGCUAUGUGUCACCAGUAAGCCACUUAAAUAAAUGUUAAUUUUGCAAAAUGUCUUUCGAUUGCGGUGUCCUGCUCCCAUGCCCCCAGUCCUUUUUAACUGAAGAAUACAAGGCUUGGUCAUGUUGCAUUUACAGUAGAGGCAAAACUAAUUCAGACUACUACACUGGAGACUGAGACGGAGAAAUCUGUGCAUCUAAUUUUCCUACAGUCCACUAAGCAGCAGUUGGACAGAAAGUUGCAUCAACUGACAGUUUGUUUUCCGGAUGACCUAGAAACACAGCUGCAAUUCUGUUUCCAACUGAUUUGGGAUUUUUUUUUUUCUUUUUAACUAACAGUCUGAAGAUGAGCAUAGUUAAUGUUUUGUUUGAACAAAAUGCCAGUUGCAAAAGCAACAGCAUGCGCUAAAAUCUGCUCUGCUCUCUGGCCGCAAUGUAAUUUAUCCCAAAGAGAAAACAAAUAUUAUAGACCCUUUUUGAGCUUAUGAGUUGUAUUUUAUUUAUUGAAUUUAUAUACCGCCCUAUACCUGGAGGUCUCAGGGCAGUUCACAGAACAAAAUCAAAAUAUAAAACCACAAUAUAAUAAUAAUAAUAAUAAUAAUAAUAAUAAUAAUAAUAAUAAUAAUAAACUAUUGACACCCCUCCCCCAAGAAGAAACAUAUUUUGAAAGGGCAUAGGAUGUCAAUUAAAUCAACUAAAGGCCUAGUUAAAAAGGAACGUUUUUGUCUGGCGCCUAAAGGUGUAUAAUGAAGGCGCCAGGCGAACUUCCCUGGGAAGAGCGUUCCACAGACAGGGAGCCACUGCAGAGAAGGCCUUUUCUCGUGUUGCCACCCUCUGGACCUCUCAAGGAGGAGGCACAUGAAGGAGGGCCUCAGAAGAUGAUCUCUGGGUCCAGGUAGGCUCAUAUGGAAAGAGGCGGUUCUUGAGGUAUUGCGGGGAGUUUGGGACAAGGGUUAAGGUUCUGUUUUUAAAAUGUUCGGAUUUGAAAGGUCAACAAGUAAUCCAUUUUGCUAAAGCACACUUGGCAUAGUCUAGGCUCAACAGUCACCAGUUUUCAAGAACUGGCUUCUAAAUCCAGAUUUCAGAUCUGAACGUUCAUAUUGUAUCUGAAAGGUGCCUUUUUAUCUGUUUUGCCUUGUUCAUCUUAACAUUUAUAGCCUGCCUUUCCAUGAUGCAUACAGUCCAGUUAUAUGUGUGUAAGAGAAAAAGUUUUCUUCUGGCUGUUUUUAAAUUUUACAGGGUCAACAAGUAAAAUCAACUCUGUUCCGAAGUAUUCUUUGAUAGCCACGUUUUAAGCUGCUUGUCAAAAGGUAGCCGUGUUGGCCUUCCCUCGAGUUGAUAAGAUCCAUCUUCUGUUACUACCCACUUAAUUUAAGAAGAGGACCUUGGUUCCUGAACAGAGUGCCUAAGUAGGCUUGUGUAGAAGGAGACAGUCCUUAAAAUACAAAGGUGGUCUCAGUCCCAAGUCCAGGCCAGAAACCAAACUGAUAAGAAUCCAGUCCAAAUAAUCUAUAUUGUCCAGGAAGAUCAGGGGUGCAGCAUGACGAAGCUGCCCUUCAAAUUAGUUAAUUGUUAGCAAACUGACCAGAAUUAGUCCUAGCUUUGAGGUAGGUUGAAGGUCUCUUUGCCGUCCUACCCUUGUGCUAAGCAACUGAACCAUCAACCCUGCACUGUGCUACAGCUGCUGAGGAAACACAUUGUCUCUUGGGGGGAAAGUGUAUUUGACCAGUAGGUGCAGCACUAGUGGGAGGAGCUUUGUAUUGGUCAGGCUGAAAAAGACGGCAAAUCCCCAGUGUGUGUGAUUUUGAUGCUUUAUUAUGUCCACAAAUGUCAAAAAAGGAAAGAAUUAGUUGCUGGAAGAGCAACGCUGUUUUUUGGUGUGUGUGUGUGUUUUUUAAAAAAAAAAAACCUUUUGCUCUCCAUAUGCAGUAGGGAAGGAAGAGGGCAUUUUGAAAUCUCAUGAUAGAUGAAGAAUAUUAAAGUUUGUACAAAAGCAAAUGUAUCUAUCUUCCACAAGGUGGCACUAGUGUACAAGGAUUCAAGAAGCAUGAAAUAACUUGAGACAUCAGAACCUGAUCCUACUGGCCAAAUUUAGCAUCAGCCAUGGCAGCCAAUGCGCAAUUCUAGUAAAGGAUCCAGUUCUUCCUUGCUUUUCAGGCAACCCUGUACCCCACUGUGCUUGGCUUACCACUCCCCUGUCCUCAAAGACCAAUAAGGUGGCACUGAAUAGUGCCUGGGUAGAGAUGUACCAUCCCUGCAGCAGGAUCCUGCUGCACAUGGGAGCCAAAUUCAGAGCUUGAUCCGACCCAGACUUUUUCAUAGCACCUGCUCUCUGCUCUGGAAUGUAUGGUGCCAUAGUAUCUUUGACCAUAUGUGAAGCAUGUGCACAGCACCUCUAAUCUCACCUUUGCAUCUCUGGGGUGUACUUACUUACUUGCCAGUGUGGUGUAGUGGUUAAGAGCGGUAGUCUCGUAAUCUGGGGAACCGGGUUCGCGUCUCCGCUCUUCCACAUGCAGCUGCUGGGUGACCUUGGGCCAGUCACACUUCUUUGAAGUCUCUCAGCCCCACUCACCUCACAGAGUGUUUGUUGUGGGGAAGGAAGGGAAAGGAGAAUGUUAGCCGCUUUGAGACUCCUUCGGGUAGUGAUAAAGCAGGAUAUAAAAUCCAAACUCUUCUUCUUCUUCUUCUUCUGGGAAGGGACAUAGCUCAGUGGCAGAGCCUUUGCAUGUGGAAGGUCCCAGAUUCCAUCCCCAGCAUCUCCAGGUAGGGCUAGGAGAGAAGCCAAGGAAUGCAGGACAGCAUAUCACUUGUGAGCAGGGAUGGAGAAAUUCAACUCAGUUCAUAUUUAAAAUCAAAUUUGCACUUUCCAAAACAACACGUGAACUGGAACGUGAGAACCAGACAUCAAUUGAAAUUCACAAUAGUCUGAUUUUUUGCAAUGUACCGAAUGUAUUUGUGGACAUAAACAUACAGAAAUGCAACGUACUGGAGAAAAUUGCUUGCAAAAAUGUGUAUACUAGUCAAAGCUGCAUACAAAAAUGCGUUUAUUCCUAGAAAGUCGCACCAAAAUGCUGCUGGAUUUUUUUUUUAAGUAAAUUGCUGCAGAAAUCUGGAGAACCGAAUUUAAGAUUGCAAUAAUGAGAAUCUGAGAGAACUGAAAGUGGCAAAUCCUUCCAUCCCUACUUGUGAAGCAGCUUAGGUAUAGAGAGUGACUUGUUUAAGAACCACCCCCCUCACACACAAACACAGAGCUCUGCCCAACCUAGAGAGUAUUAAGCAGGCAUAAGCUUCAUGUCCCCACCCGCCUUUCAGUAACUAAACAAGGGUUAUAUGUGGUUCAUGGUUUCUGCAGUAGUAGGCUGUUCAGAUCUCAGUGUUUGCACCAAGGCAUCAGGUGUGCUCUUGUAUAUAAACAGGGCUUGCAUGUUGUGGUAUUUUUACCCUCCUAACAGAAGUGUUUUUGCUUGGGGUUCCUUCCAAACAUUCCCUCCAUAGUUUGGAGUCCCCUCACCCCACUAGUUUUGUUUUCCUUUUCCUUAUGACACUCGGUCCACAGUGGGCUUGUUCUGGAAUUUUUAGAACAGGAGUGAUCUGCUGCUUUAAUACAGCAGCUCAUAGACUCUCCUACUUAAUACUAGUAUAUUAUGACAAGCUUCUGCAGACAUCAGGCUACAGAUGCAUUGAAGGAAGUGAUAAGAGUGUUUAUGUUUUUUCUAUUUCAGAAACUAAAUUUAAAAUGCAGGCUAGAUGUAAUGUUUCGGAUAUUAUAACCUAGCAAACUGAAUCAUUACUUUAUUACAGGUAGACCGAAUGAUGUAAUGAAUGUGCAGGUUCUGCCAAGAAAAAUAUGAAAUAGGCAGGCACUAAUAUGAAGUGCUAGACGUCUCCUGUCACCUAGGAAUGUAACGCAUUAUUGCAGUUUAUGCAUUCUGAUUAUAAACUCUGGAAUCCCUGCCUACACUUUUAAAAUAAAAGCAAUUUCUAAUUCGCAUGCUGGGGAAAAACCAAACUUCCAUUUAGUCCAACAUUCCAUUUCCAACAUAAGUCAACCAGAAUAUUUCCUUAUUAUUUGCUCCCUGCAUUUAGUAUGCAGAAAUAUACUACUGCCUAUGUACAUGGAGGUUCUACUUGACAAAUCUAAAAAGAUGGCUUUAAACCCUGGAGUGGUCAGGAGGCUUUGAAAACCUUGUAGCUCAUGACUCUUGCCCACUGCAGAUCACACUGCUGCCCAUUGACAAAGAUCCUCUUAAAUCUUUUCAGAUAAGUGAUGAUGAUUCACUCCCUCUGUUGCUACUAUUAUACACGUGUUCCAGCCUUGCAGGAAAACUGAGAGCAGGAGGUCCCUCUCUGCACAGCAGGUGCACUGCUAGGUACUUGAGAGCAUAGGGUGACUCUAUGCCACAGACAUUCUAAUUAAUGUUUCUGGGCAAAUUAAGAUGGCAAAUGCCUGGGGACUCACCAGUGGUGUGCUUUGCAACAUGCCCACUUAGCCUGUAAAGAAAGUUUAGGAAGUUUUUUAAGAGGAGGAGAAAAACAGGCAGGGCACCCAGAGCCCAGCACAAAAGACCCAAGGCUCUGGCCUCUUGGCUAUCCAGUGUUGUUGUGCUGUUGGUCCCAAAUAGGAGAGCAAGAUGUCUCUCUCACCCCCACCCCCGCUCCAUAUUGUGAGUUUAUACUUGUAUUUCUGGCUUCACUCAGCUCAGCCUGCAGUUUCAUCUGCCAAAGGCGCAAUCUCUCUGUAGGGAUUUUGUCUCUACUUCACCUAACGCUUGUGUGGCUUGCAUAGGCCUUUGUGGGAUGCAGAACAGUUCGGAACAAAUAACAGCCAAGCAGCAUUUCUGAAAGAAAUGGGCAGAAAACGAUCCUUUCCUCCUGACCACAUCAAUCAAUAAUCUUUAUUUUGAAAAACCUAAACAGACAUUUCUGUUUAAUGGCUUUCCAUUUUCUAUUAAAACUUGCAUUAGUCACAUUUUCCAUUACAAUGUUUUGAUUGAAUAUCGCCGUAUUUCAUUGUAAGUCUGUAGGAAAGCUCCUCUAGGCAGCCUGAUCAUUCACCAAUCACCCUGAUCUGCUUGCUUGCACAGUGCUCCCAUCAAGCAUUUGUUUUGGUUUGUUUAUGGGGUGUUAACACACUUUAGCAUUGAUCAUCCGCUCACCCCACACUUUUCAGUGCAUUUCCCCAUCACUUUUCUAAUCACUAAAAGUCAUUUACGGGGGGGGGGGGGGAGUCUUUGUUGUACUGGGGUGAUAAGGCACCUUGAUUUGUUUGAGUUGAGUAAACCUAAAUUCCCAGUAUGUGCCUCAAUCCCUCCUGCAAAAUAGUGACUGCAUGGAGGCACCUAAAGUCGCUCAGCGUUGGGUGUGCAGCAGUCCUUCAGAUUACUGGGUUUAGGUGAAUGGCUUUCAGAUAAAAGAUUUGGGGUGGGGCAUCAGGUGUGCUGAGUUAGUGACUCUCAUGCCCACAAACUGAAAGGGGGGUUGUGUAAGCACCCACUGGCCUGAAACAGAUUAACAGAAUCAGCACAGGUAGCAGCACACCCCAAAGAAAGAGAUUGCUUGGGUACUGUUGUACAAAACACUACAGAACUUUUAAGGGAGAAAUCCUAUAUACAUUUACAUGGGAAUAUGCCCCAUUUAACUCAAGGGCACUUACUUCUGAAUAGCGACAUGUAAGAUUGUGCAGUUAGUCAUCCUUGAGAGGGGAACAGCUUUCCAGACUUCCUGAAUUACUUAGCCAGUAAUAUGACCUGCUCCUUUCUGUAAAUUUCCUAUCUUCCCUCACUGGCUCAGACAGGGCUCUUCCACAUACAACUCCAUAUUAUUAGAGAUCAGGAAGGACUUUGCCUAGUCAGUGUGAGAUGAUGAAGAUGAUAAUGCCCCCUGCCAUGAACAGCACUCAAAUAUUCUCAUGGCUGAAACAUGGCAUUUUACAGGGCUGGUCUUGGAAUGUUGCCAUUUACAAAUAUGGAGUGAAAGCACAUGAAAAUAAGGCAACAUUGACUCCGGUACUCUCUUUUGGAACUUUUCCUAUUAGCGACUUAUUGAACUUUCUCCUUGUAAGAGCUUUAUUGGCCGAGAAGAGUCUUUGCAACUUUCAGCAGUGUUGCUGUUCCAUGGUGCUCAGAAACACACUUCCCAUGGCAGGGGACUAUAUUCCUGUGACCAAUAUAGGCCUGAUUUUGUGCUGGAAUGACCCUGCCUCUGCUGCAGACCAGCUCAAGGACUAAAGUUAACCAUUUCUGAAUUAUGCUGCUCCUGCAGCUAUCCCUUUAAAAGAAGUUUGAUCUGCAGCAAUUAGCAGAUGGUUGUGUUCAGUUCCACACCAAGAAAAGCUUCACCUGCUGAUUCUGGUAUAUUUCAGAUAGUUCCUGUUCCUUAGCAAGCUAAGCCACUUUUUUCUGGUCAGUUGGCAUCACCAUCUGCCCCAUUGCAAUCCUCCCAAACUGGACUCUGCUCCCAGGCAUCUCACAACUACCAGCAAUUUUUAUUUCAAGACUGGGCAACCCGAGGCAAGAAAGUUAGUUUCCUUUAGAGUCAGACCCUGUGGGAGCCAUUACUUUAAAUAAUGCUUACAGACAGAAAAAUCAGUGCUCAGGGUUAAGCUUUCAGUCAAGCUGAGCUCUCUUUUUAAAAGAAGUCAGAUUUCAAAUGUGUGGAACGGUACCUAAUAAGUGCCUUCAUGGUGAAUAUAGUCAGAUGAUCAGAACUGUUUGCUAAGUGACAGCUACAGUUUCUCAAAAAUCAAAUGCCAAGUGCCAUGGAAAUCUAAUUUAGAGAAACAGCUUGGCAAACAAACCUUUCAUUUAAACAAUGGUGACCAUUCAACCAGCUUUACGUUAUUGAAUUUAAUAAGUUAGCAACAUUAGAUUUUUUUUUUAAUGGAGCUAAUUGAAACCACUAAUUUAUUGAUGUCCAGAUGGUGAGGAAAGAUGAUGACUGUGUUAUAAAGACAGAGGCAAGAUAAAAGGAGAAAGUGGGAAGCAUUAACUGCCCAAUCCUGUUCAAGAUUAGUCAGAGGUAAUUCCAAUUUUAUACAAUGGGGUUUCCUUCCAAGUAAGUGUAGACAAGGGUAGUCUAAGAUCCUUGGCAAAUUUUAUUACCUCUUUAUAAAAGAUAGUCCUUCUAUUAAGCCUAGAUCCAAAGUUCAGUAUAUUUAAUUCCUAUUCCUUUCAGUGUGAACUAAAAUAAGUCAUGACCAAUUUGUUCUAUUUAUUUCAAUGGGACCUCAGCUCAGCUAACAGUCUGGAUCCAACCCGUUUUCUUUUUUACCCUCCUCAUACCUUAGAGGCAGCCAGAAUAUCAUUGUUCCUAAACUGAGCUCCAUAGUUUAUGGUAGACUAUUAUUAUUAUUUGAUAUAGAUAUUGUUUAAAACAAAGCAGAUGGAUCUGAAGUAUAUCAGAAAUAGCUGGUUCUUCAGUACAAAAACUUCCUUUAAGGAAACUAGCCAACACAAAUAUGCUCUGGCCUGCACCACAACUGUAAACAAGUGCUGGUGAGAAACACAGAACAGCUGCACCAUAUUAGUAGAAGAAAGAUCAGGAACAGUAACCUAGCAAUUCAAAGCCCUCACAUUUUAUUGCUGGACAAAAGUUUAAAGAUGUCACAAAUCAGACUAGCCUAGAGGUUCUGGGCCAAUGUAUUGGCCUGCUGUUUGCUGAGUUAUUAUGACAUCAAGUGUCCUGCUUUACCGGAAAAAAGCAAUGGCAGUCUUUACUGCUAAGUAGUGCUUAUAGAUGGUUAGUCCUUUUCCCUUCUCUUGCUUUGGGUGCAUGAAGUUCUGCGGCUCAGAAAGAGCAGGGAUCUAAAGAGGGAGGACGGACCUAUUGAGGAAGGUAAAGAAGCAGCAGGGAACAAGAGAUCUCGUGGUAGGAGGUGGACAAGGAAUCCACUUUCCCCUUCAGGUUCCCAGGUGAGUGCUGCAGUAGUUCAUCACAGCCCGGAGCUGGCAUCAGAGGUUGGUUGUGGAUGGGCCUCACACCUGCACCAAGAACCCACAGCCCAUGCAGGUUCAUCACAAUUGUCACUUGCUCACAUCCACCCCUGCUAUUUCCUUCUACCCGCACCCCCAAAAGGCAAGCAAGUAAACGAUGACAGUGAGGAGGAGGAACAGCUUCCCAAUCCAGUUCUUCCUAGCAACAUUUAUAAAGGGGAGAUGUCCGGCAGCAUUGGUAAUAACAAGAAGCUCCUGCUUCACUGUUGCCACCACACAGAGUGUGUCUUCUUGCCCAAGGGCCUUCCAAGCCCAUGAGCUGGCACUGCAGGAGAGGAUGCCAGGGCUGUGGGUGUGACAAGUCAGCCGGUCUUGUGGCUAAGGGAAGAGAGUCUAUCAGUCCUUGAACUCCUGGGUCAGGUACAUGGUGAAGUUCACUGUUUUACCUAGAGCAAUCUUUCUUUUUUCCUGUUGAAGGUCACAUUCUCUCAGGUGUUAUCUGUUGGAGGGGCCCUUUCACCAGUGGUGGGCCAAGCCAGAGCUGAUGAUGAGCAAAACUAGAGGUGUCGUAUGGGGUUUGAUGGGCUUACUCUCAAGUAAGUAUACAGAGCACUUUUUUGGGUACCAAUACAGCCACUGUUCUCAAAAGCAAGUGAUUGUCCUUCAUUCUGACUGGUGUUCUCUCUUUCUAUCUUAUUUUAGAGAGAGAUAUAGAUAUUGAUGCACACAUCUGACAAAAGCCUACCAAUUUGUCUCAGCACAGGCUGCAAGGGGGGAUUUAUUUUCCACAAGUCAUACAACCAAGAAACAAUUAAGUCCAAAAAACCCCAAACCCUUCCAAUUUAUUUUUUACCAGAUAAAUGUUUUUACCAGAUAAAUACUACCCUUUCGAAAUGUCCCAAAAAUACAUAUAAAAAGGGUGGGACUAAAAUUCCUGGAAAAAUAAGGAGAUAGAAGAAUGGGGCAGCUGAUCGCUCAGCUGUGACCAGUGGUGUCAAAAGUGCCUGGAUACAAUUCAAGUCAGGACUAAAAAUGAUUCAUCCACACUCAGUCUGAAGGGUACAAUGGACUAGGAUCAAUGAUGGAGUUACUAUAGUGACUGAAUAGCUAAGCUGUAAACAAAAACUGGACUGUAGGGGGUUAUAGCCAAGAGAAGGCCAACACUUGGGAGGCCUCUCUUCCAGUCCAAGUGCUUCCCCUAAGGUUACCUAGCUCAGAAGCAAUUGGAAGUGACAGUUUAAAACCAUAACAUCUAACUUCACAUUUCCUUUUAUCAAAAAGAAAGGAAAGAGCCAGUAAAUAACAAUACAGUGGUACCUCGGGUUAAAUACGCUUCAGGUUACAUAUGCUUCAGGUUACAGACUCCACUAACCCAGAAAUAAUACCUUGGAUUAAGAACUUUGCUUCAGGAUGAGAACAGAAAUCGUGUGGUGGCAGUGGGAGGCCCCAUUAGCUAAAGUGGUGCUUCAGGUUAAGAACAGUUUCAGGUUAAGAACGGACCUCCAGAACGAAUUAAGUACGUAACCAGAGGUACCACUGUAUAUAUGCUUGUGGGGACAAAGUGGAAAAAGUUAUUUAAGUCAGGCAUUGAUGGCCUCUUAGUAGCAGGCUUUAUGUGUUAGAAUGCUGGACAUUCACACUCGGUCUCCCUUGCACUGCAAAAAAAAUCCAUUACAGAACGUCUGAGUGAAACCUCCUCACAACCCACCUUUUCCAUCAAGCCUUUGGUUGGUUCCUGUGCCCAACUGUAACCUACCCUGUAACUAAACCUAAGCACCCUCCCUCCUCUUCUCCAGUGCUGAAUUUUAGAUUUGUAAGGUCCUCGGAGAAGGUGCUGUCCUCUUAUACUAUAAGCUUCAUAGAAAUCUCACACUCUCUCACAGAAAUCUUAAGAUAAAUAUAUGCCAACAACUGAAGAACAGUACUAAGAUGCAUGACAUAACAAUGGGGUCAUCCUUAUUGGGGAAUGACAGCUAUGUUGCCACAGAAACCACGCCACAUUCCAUACCCAGACUUGGCCUUUGUUGAGAAGGCACUAGUUUCUAACAGUAUGUCUUCUACACUACACCACAACUACAAGCAACACCAUAUGACUGUGCUGCUGAGUUAGUUACCCAGUUAAACUGGGGGAGGGGUGUCCCCCAACUUGCUUUUCCCAGACCUGCCUUCAUGGAUGAGUGAGUCACAGUGAGUUCUCCUCCAUGCUCAAAGGCAUGGCUCACAUCCACCAGGAGUUGUGCAGUCUGUACUGUAGGACAGAUUCUGUGGAACUCCCUCCCUGCUUGGUGCAGCCCCCUUCCUUAUUGAACCUCUUGCUGCUUGGUGAAUACUUUUUAUUUCAGCAGACAUUUUAAUUGUGUUUUUCUUAUCUUAUGGUUAAGUAUGUUGUAUCCCUAUUUUACACCACUUAGAAACUCAAUAUUAAGUAGCAUUUUUUAAAAAAACAAACAAAUAAAUGCAUAAAUCUGCCUCAUGCAAUGGCAAUGUCCAUAUGGACAAAAGAGAUGGAAGAAUGAGAGAAAGAGGUUGGUUUUUCUAGAUGCAGUAUUCAACACACCUCCUAUGGAGCAGAGUCUUCUGCAUUAAAGUCAUAUUCCCCUCCUAUGCUUAGGCAUUCCUCUACUUCUCUGCGUUUAGGUGUAGUUAUUUCCCCCACUAGAGAUUAACGUCCUAUUCAGGCACUAGGCUAAGUAGAACAUGUGACAGGGAAGAGAUCAGCAAACCAGCUCUGCUCCAUGUUGCUCUUGAGUUGGAAUGUGGCAUUCUGCGCCAGGGAGCUUCCUGUACUGAUGUAAAAGCUCUCUGUGCAAUGUAAAACCUUGAUUUUCAUGUGGAGUAUCUACACCAGCAAAGCAGGCUUCUUGCCACAGAUGAAGGAUGAUGGGGAUGGAGACAGCACACUCAUUUCCACUCUCCCCACUUGUGUGUUAUACUUACUUGUAAAUAUAAUGCCUAAAGAGGGCUGGAGUAGUUUAUCUAUUGCAAUGAACUUGUAAUAGAUUACAAUAGGAGGGAAAAAUAAAAAAUCUGCAGCUGUAUUCUGCGAAUAAGAGAUGAGAAGACGAAUGCUAGUAGACUCCACUACCACAAUGAAUGCUUCCCCAUGCGAAGGAAACCACUGCACACAGAAAAACAGCAGGUCAUGAUAAAGGCUAGGCUGAACUAUGCUACUUUUUUUUCUACAUACAUGAAACUUCUACAUACAAGGGGGAACAUUCAAGCUCCUCACCUCUCCCUGCAAUCUGAAGUAGUAUAGGACCCCUUUAGAAUGUCUACUGUUUUUUGGUGUGCUUUUUUGCAUUUGUAUUCUAUAACAUGUCACUGACACAAUAAUAAUGUGUCAGUGAUGGAUUUACACUAAGCCUGUCCACACAUCAUUCCUCUUUAUUGGCUUUUCUGCAAUGUUUCCCUCAGUAUUACACAUUAUUGCCACCUGAAACAGCACUCUUGCCCUACGGCACAACAAAAGCAAAAGAAGGCAUGAAAUUUGUGGUAUGAAUUUCAGGAGGAAGCUACAGGACACGCAACAACUGGAAAUGAAGCAGUAUGCCCACCCCAACAACUUAUGAAAUCGCAAACAGUAUUGAAAAUAGGAUUGUGUACAACCACCCCAAUUCCAUCGUGAGCACAAAUCAUUAUGAAUGCACAAUAAAAAGGACACCUGGAGGGGCUGCAAGUCAUGCAGUAAAACGAUUAUGGUAAUUGCAUAAACUGGCAUUAAGUGAAUCCCAGAAGAGGAAAGGACAAGCAUGAAAGCACCUUCAUAUCUCUCCUGUUUGUCCUGUAGAGCAUCCCUCAAAUGUAGGGAAGGGCUUAGAAAUAUUUCUCUUUAGUGCCUCCCUUGCCCCACGAUUGCAGUGUUCUAGUGUCACCCACAGCCUUCCCUGCAAUCAACAGGGGAGCCAUUAUUUGCUGCACAUAUGAACUGGGAAGUAGGGUGUUCCUCACAGCACAAGGCCUGUUGUCAGAUGUGGGCCUCAGUACAGAAGCACCAUUUGCUUGCAGGUAGGAAAUACAUUACAGAUAAGGUGUCUCUUGAGGUAUGUUGGGGUAAAUGCUUAGGGUGGGUCUCAAUCCUGGCCCCACACUGACUAGCCAAGAGUACCUCAAAUUGGUCUGUUAGUAUUAUGUAGCAAGAGCAAGCAACAAACCUUUUCCCUAAAAGCCCAAUAUCCAAGCCCAGAAUCUUGUUCUCACCUUCAGACAAGGGAUUCCUUUCCCUGUAAUUGUGUGCUAGAAUCAGAGCAGCUGUGGGUCGUUUGGGGAGGCUUUCAGCCAUAUGAGAAGUUGCCAUUAGGAAGCAGCCUUAUUGUUGCAUUUAUAGUGAGGUUGGUAGUGCUUCACGUACAUCACCUCAGUCAUCCUUACCACAACCUUUUAAGAAAGGUUAGUGUCAUCAAUUCCAAUAUUGCAGAAGAGGUUUUGUAUGAGGUUGGACUUAAUGAGACCAUGGGUCUGCCAACAUUUGAACUGGGGACCUCCCAGCUUACAAACCAUAAAUUGUUUGGAAAGUCUGAAGUUUGGUCCAGUCAGUAUAGAAAAAAAAUGUGUUCUGGGUCUGGGUCUCCAACCACAGGUGUGAGAAAAAAUGGGAAUGGACUGGGCAGGCACAUCUCUUUGGCUGUCUCCAGGCAAGACACAUUGAAUGUUUUAUCUUUCUUUGGAAGAGGGGAAUUUUGGCAGAUAGUUUCCUCAGCCAACCUCGCCUCUUUUGAAGUAAAGGAAAUACAGCCCUACUUCAGUGGUGCAAUUUGGUAACGGACUUAGGAGGGCCUCCUGGGCUUUGCGAGUUCCUGCCUCUUUUUAGGCGGGAAAGUGGUAAGGCGGGCCUGCUGCUGCUGCAUUUUGGGGCCGCCCUGCUCACUCUGCUGCGUGAGGCCCAGCCCAGGACUUCGGGCCCCCCGAGACCUGUCCCCCUUCGCCCGCCUUCCAGAAGUGACCUUGGAACUGAGCACUCCCCGGCUGGUGGAGGGGCGAGAAAGGCCCUCUCCGUCGCCCACUUCGCAGCCUCUGCAGCUAAGCCUCGGAGGAGGCACGUGUGCUUUGGCGCGGCGCCAGCCAGAGCAUCCCCGGCGUGCCCUUGCUGGGGGCCGCCUCCGCCUGGGCCAAGCCCUUCUCUACCGGGGCUGGGGUGGGGCUCUUUGCUGCGGGAGGGCCAGGCAGCGCCGGCGUUUCCUUGGGUUGCUCGUCCCCGCUCUCUUUCCUUCCCUCUCUGACCCCGUGGCUCUGCCUCCCGAAGGAGAAGGCGCGAGAGGGGGGUGUGUGCGCGCGCGCUGAGCGACCUCUCCAGGCAUUGCAGGGGUGCUUGGCGCUCCCGCAGUCAGGCGAGCAGCGGGCUUCGGUGAAUCCUGCCGCCGCUCGCUUAGCUCCCGCCUUGCGGGAAGGGAGCUCUCCCGCCCAAAUUCCAACCCUCGGCUCAAUCUCUUUUGGAAAGAAGCCACCGGCUUCUUUUUUUCCAGCUGGAGAACGAGAGGGGAGGGCGGGGUGACUCAGGCUGCUGGCGCCGCCGCCGCUCCUCCAUGAAAGAAGCUCAGCAAGAAGAAUUGAUUCCUUUGCCUCUCAUCUCAGACCGCCGGGGCAGAAAGAGAGAAAGGAGCGAGAGCAUGCUGCUGAUGCGCUGCUGCUGAGGAGCCCGAGCCGAGCUGCAGAGUUUGCAGGUCAUUAGUGCUGCACCAAACUCCGGGCGAGGUAAGUGGCGCCGCCGCCGCUGCUGCUGCUGCUGCACACAAAGCGCUCGGCAGCGUUUGGGAAGUAAGCCCGGGCGGGAACUGUGGUUUGUCGGGAGAGAAUGGCAAACGCAGCAGGCAGUUUUCUCGGCAGGAGGUUCAGUUUUGUGUCUCUGUGCGGGCACAAUGCAACGUGGCAUGUUGUUUUUCUGCACCGAACGGAGCGCCUUAGUUUGAUCCCUAGCAAACCUCGCUCGCUCAGUGCGAUCAGCGUGGCUGUGCUGCAGACUGGCAUCGUGGCGGCCUUGAUCCGUGGUCCGAUCCCGGAGAACGAGAGGGACGAAAGUCACCAGGCAUCUUUGCAAAGUUUGCGCCUCGGUUGCCUGUGCGUAGCCCCGGGGCUGCUUGGUUGAGCGUGCCUUCCUGCGGCGUGGAGCCGCCCUGGGUUUCAAGAAGGGAGAACUGUCCGGGAAACUCCAGUUUAUCCUAGGAAGAUGCUUUUCGGCCGGCCAUUAAGUCUAGGGUUACGGGGAGCUGCUGGAUGGAAAGGGAUGGGAUUGGGAAAUCGGAAUAAUGGCAGUGGAAACAAUGGGCGCAAAAACUGAGGCUGGGCUGCCAAAGUGUAUUCAGGAGGAGCAGAGCUGCUUAGGAAGAGUCUAGCGUGGGAGGGAAAUGCAUCAAGGGUAAGACGAGACCUAGUCUAAAAAAGAACACGCGCAUCUCUAUUAAAAGAAUGGCUGGGGGCGGGAGGGGAGACCCCCACAAAACCAGAUCUCAAUAUUGCGACCUGAAUUAGUUGCGUUCCUUACAAAUGAAUCUCCAGUUCAGUUUCUAAGUGGGUGGCUUUGUGUUUCACAUAUGAUGCUUCAGUCUAUUCAAGCACUCUGAACCCAGGAAAGCUUUCUGUUAUUGCAGUUCAUUUAUUUGUGUGUGUGUUCCUGGAAGUUUUCACCUCCUGGCUGGGACCACUGUUGAGAACUUCCAAAGCUUUGUGAUCUAGUUCAGGGUGACCUGCCAGUGAUUAUCUCUUAAUGUACGUUCGUUUCUUUCUUCACAUGGUUGGUGGCAAGAGCAAAAAAUGUGGUGCUCACUUGCAAGCCUCCAAAGAUACCUUUGACAUGGGGAUGAUUGAAGAGAGGAUGACUGACAGGCUGUGAUGACUGUAACCAAACUGUCUUGCCUCCACUUGGCCUUUGAAGAACGGAGCUACAAGAUUGCUUUAUUAAGAGAGUUAGGGUUUAGAUGCUUUCACCACUGUUGUCCCUAUGUUCUGAUUAAAGCUGUCAUUUCAUACAUCUGUCUCUCAUGUGUGUGUGUGUGUGUGUGCACGUGCACGUGCACAUGCACACACACCGUAGGGACAUCUGGAGUGCUUUAGUUUUAUUUCUUACCUUCCCAAGAAAAGUGCAUGUGUCGUAGAAGAUAGGCUGUGUAACAUGGCAUGAAUAAUGGAUUUCUUUGUACGAGGAAUGCUUUGCUCACAUGUAAAUGAAGAGCCUUCGGUGAUGACAAUUUCAGAAAAGCUGCUAGGUAGCAGGUGACUCACUUAAAAAAAGAAAUUCUACAAAAUAUGUUUAAACAGGAGAAAGGGGAUUCCCUUCUAUAAGCCCCGUUACAAUUUUCUGUUUGUUUUAGAGCCCUCCUUUCUGGCAAGCCUUCAGUGUGGCUUGCAAUUUAGCCAUAACAGUGUAAUAUUUAAUUCCCGCCCCCCAACUGGUAUUCCAUACUUCUUGCUAGGUUAUUAGGGCAAGUAGCAGGCACAAAGUUUUCUCUUCUCACCCUGCUAAUAACCCUGUGGAAAUGAGAAAUACUGCUUAGCCCAAGGUCACCAGACAACUGCAUUGCUGAACAGUGGUUUCUUAACUAGGUUCUCCCUGGUCCAAGUAAAAAACUUUGUCCAUUGCUGUAAUACUAGCUUUAUAAUAAUGCAUGCACUAGUGUUAAAUAGUACAACACACGGUCAGAAUCAGGUACGGUCACCAAAGUGGCAUCAUGCUAAUUUUCCCGAUUCACUGAAAGAUGCCAGAAAUUAAAAUUUAUUGCAUUUGAUGAGAAUGGUAAUGACACACUCAACCUUUCCAUAGAAAACCAACCUUCUCAGACAAAUGUUGGACAAUAUCCUACCCCAGUGCAGAAUUCAUACAACAGUAGUCCUUGUUACACAUAAUUCUUUAGGUCCAAUAUUGUUGUUGACCAGCAAACUGUGGUGCUCCAUAUGUUGUUGAACUCCACUCGUAUCAUCCCCAGCCAACAUGGCUAAUAGUCAGGGACGGUGGAAGAUGAUGUUACCCUAUCUACAUCCCAUGACAUUGCCACACCCACAGUAGUUAAUAAUGGCCCCAAAUGCUAGUAGCUGCUGGAAAUUUACCACUUGCACUUGUCAUUCUGUAAUCAAAAUGCUCCUGGGACAUAAAUCCCCCCCCCAAUAAACUCAAAAGUUGCAGUGGGGGUGCCCAUCUAAUGUAGAGAAUUGGAGCUAAAAAAAUUCAAAUAAAAACGAAUGUCUGGAAUAAGGAACAGUAUUGAGUUUUCUUUCUGAAAACAAAUGAACCCAGGGCAUUAAAUAUCCUGAAGAAAGCAAUUGUUGUUGUUUAGUCAUAUAGCUGUGUCCGACUCUUCGUGACCCUAUGGACCAGAGCACGCCAGGCACUCCUGUCUUCCACUGCCUCCUGCAGUUUGGUCAAACUCAUGUUCGUAGCUUCAAGAACACUGUCCAACCAUCUCAUCCUCUGUCGUCCCCUUCUCCUUGUGCCCUCCAUCUUUCCCAACACCAGGGUCUUUUCCAGGGAGUCUUCUCUUCUCAUGAGGUGGUCAAAGUAUUGGAGCUUAGCUUCAGGAUCUGUCCUUCCCGUGAGCACUCCGGGCUGAUUUCCUUAAAAAUGGAUAGGUUUGAUCUUCUUGCAGUCCAUGGGACUCUCAAGAGUCUCCUCCAGCACCAUAAUUCAAAAGCAUCAAUUCUUUAGUGAUCAGCCUUCUUUAUGGUCCAUCUCUCACUUCCAUACAUCACUACUGGGAAAACCAUCGCUUUAACUAUAUGGAUGUUUGUCGGCAAGGUGAUGUCUCUGCUUUUUAAGAUGCUGUCUUGGUUUGUCAUCACUUUUCUCCCAAGAAGCAGGUGCCUUUUAAUUUCGUGACUGCUGUCACCAUCUGCAGUGAUCAUGGAGCCCAAGAAAGUAAAAUCUCUCACUGCCUCCAUUUCUUCCCCUUCUAUUUGCCAGGAGGUGAUGGGACCAGUGGACAUGAUCUUAGUUUUUUUGAUGUUGAGCAAUUACAUUUUGCAUUUAGGGGUGCUGUUUUAUCUCAGUAAAAGGAAAAUUGGGUAAAAAUGUAUUAAAGGGUUUAUUCAAACCAAAAAGGAUCUAGGAAUGCAGAUUUAAGUGCCCUUUAAAAAAUCACACACAUUGAUUUUACUUUGGGACAUUUUACUACCCCGAGGCACCCCAACAAUGGAAUUUGAUUUGGGUUAGUAAAAUGCCUUUGUCCCCGUUUAGGAGUUUCAAUCCAGUGCAAGCUUGCCUGGGUGUAUUUUAUUUAUUUAUUAAAUUUCUAUACCACCCUUCAUCCAAGGAACAUAGGGCAGUUUACAAUAUAAAAACACAAACAUGCAUACCAUAAUAACAAACACAAUACUCCCCAGUUAUUUAUUUAUUUAUUUAUUUAAUACUGUAAAUAAUGUAAACUCCAUUGAACACUGUGGGGCUUAUUUUGAGUAAACAUAAGAUCGUACUUCAUACAAGUGAAAAACAUUUAAGAACUGUCUUCCUAAGAAAUACAUUGUAAUGCUUAACACCCUAUUUGAUGCUAUAUAGCAUCCAAGAAAAUACCCUCAAAAGCUACUAGACCACUCUCCUGCUUAAAGUCAUUUUUCCUCAGUUCAGUUUUUCUGAAAGAAAAAACUACCAACUAUUUUCCAGUUUCUCAACCAUACCUUACUUGCCAUCAGCAGCAAGUGAUAAUCUGCUAUAUAGAUUAUAAAUACAACAAUGGUAAUAAUAGCAAUUGUCCUUAGCUGUGGAAGAGAGGACACGCUUCUAGUGAGUCUCUGCAUUUCUUAGGGAAGCCCCAUUUGAAAACCAUGUUCUUUGAGCCUGCAUUCAGUUGCUCCCUCCUCCUACAGAGCCGCACAUGGAAUCUACAUUUCACCUCACUUGCCAUAAAUAAGACUGCAACUUCCAUAGCCAACUAUUUUCUAUAGCUUUCACUGUCAGUUGAUCAUAUUGGAUUAAAACACACCAAUAUUUCUGGUUAUCAAAGGGUAAAGGAAAGGAUGAGCCGAAGAAGGGACUGAUUGUAUUUGGGUCUGAAAUCUCAUGCCGUCCUGUAUAAUUGAGAAUCCAUUUUUGCAAAGACAACUUCUAUUCGGGACAUUAGUUCAGAAAAUGGCUUUUUGUUCAGAUUCCUGCGACUGGAAGAGGUUGUAUGUGAGUAUAUUAUAAGUGGACGUAUAUGCAUGCAAGGGUAUGUGAGAGAAAGAUUUCCACCAUUGGAACUCAGUUGGAUUUUUGUACACUAAUGCAUGAAGGUCAUCUCCUUUUAGAUUUGUUGCUUUAUAAAGCAGUAGAAGCUGGGAACACAUGCAGGUCUAAAUUGUUGUUGUUGUUUUUUAAAAAAAACUUUAAUCAGAGAGACUAGCCUUCAGUAUAUUAGGCCAAUAAUUCUUCUGUGUUGCUGAUUUAAGAUGUGGGAUUCCACUAGGUUUGGCUUUUCUUAGCCAUGUAGGAAAACUUACCUUGAAGUGGCUUUUGAGGAAUUGCAGCUUUCUCCACCACAAUUUUGCUGCUUGUUACAUAGCAGGUUUGUGCUCUCUGCACCAGUGGUAGGAUGAAAGUAUGCUGCCAGAUCUGGAAGCUCUCCUCCCCAAAACCCAAUGUCUGUGACAGGAACUUGUGGCCCUCCAGAUGUUGGAUUCCAUUUCCCAUAAUCCCUAGCCAGCAUGGCAAAUAGUCUCAGAUGCUGGUCGUUGUAGCCCACCAAAAUCUGGAAGGCUAUAGAUUCCCCGCAAUGAGUUAGCGUGGUUUCCCUCAUGGUGAGAGAAGUUUCCAUUGUACAUGCUUCAGAGAACGCUUUCAUUUUCGCAAUGUGUUAAAGUUGAAUUUUGACAUUCAAAACAGGUUGCUCAUAGCACCUUGGGCUAAACAGGAGUGGGGAACUUAAUGCGGCCCUUCAUGCCUCUUUUCCUGGCCCUUGGAACCUUCCAGAGGCUGCACCCUCCACUGGCUAUUGCUUCACACCACCUGUGUUUUUGCCUAGCUGCCAUGUGCCUUUGAACUCUUAUGUUUCUUGCUCUUCUGAGUGGAGGAGACAAGAGUGUAUGAUUGUGUGUAGAAACUAGCCCACUGUAUAAAGGUAAGGAUUACGUUUGUUGCUCUUCUCACCUUUGCCUUUGGCCGGCGGGCAUGUGGCCCUCAGAAGGUUGCCCAGAAGAGAAAGCAACCCUCAAGCUGAAAUAGUUUCCCCGUCCCUUGACUGAUAUGAAACCCCUGAGGGGUCAACUAGUCUAGCUCUUCACAUUGAGUAGAAUACCCCUGUUCUAUAAAAUACUCAAUUGCCUCCAAAUGGGUGGCUAACUUCAGGUGGCACCAAGCACAUGGACAUGAUUUGAUCCACAUCCAUUUUCCUUGCAACAUACUUGUGCAAUGUUUGUUUGUCUUUUGAUGGGUUAGGUGAGCAUGUUUGAGGGAAAUGGCCUCAUGGGUCAUAUUGCACCCCUGCCUUUCAGGCCACGAUUGGGCUGGAUGUCUCAUCCCCUUGAUUUAGAAUGUGCAUAAGAGGCUCUGAGCAGAGGGGAGGAUGUCAGAGAAGCACAUGUGCCCUCACUUGAGCUGGUCAGAAGCUGAGGUACUUCCACCCACAUAUUCCUCCUCCUCUCUGCUCAAAGUAUUGCACAAACUCUGCAGUAGUUUCAGCUCUGGGGCAGCAGCCAGGGGAAGGACUUGCUUUUACUGGCUAAGGAGGAUGCCUGUCAUUAAGUCAGACUGUCCACUGCUACAAGGAAAGAGGAAGGAACAAGAAGAUGGCCAUGCUGGAGGGCAAAGGAAACCCUUAGCAUCUUCCUUUAGUAAAACAACAAUUUCCAGUCCUCUUUCACUGUAGAUCAUGAGUUAACAGUUGCAAAGUCAAUGAAGCUACAGGCCAAUAUAAGUGAGUAAAGAGUCUCCCUCUAACAAGUUUAUAGCCACUGUAAAAUGUUUUCCUGGAUGACUCUAAAAAGAUAAACCUAUAUUACAGCUGGGUUUCAACAUCCAGUAAGAGGCAGAGCACUCAAUCCUGCUGUGUGUUGCUUCACCAGCAUGUUCCCUGCAGAGAACACGUUGGCAAAGCAAAUCCUUGCAGAGAGCUGAUUGAAACCUCUGCUCAGCUGAGGGUUUAGUGGUAUCACACAUACCCAGUCACCAAGCCUUAGUUGGCAGCAGGGCAUGGAAAAAAACUUUCAGUAUUGGGAGUAGGAGGUAUAUUAGUCCAUAAGGUGCCAUGGUGUUAGGCCUUUUUUCUAUUUAAAAUGUGGAAGAUUCCUUCCAUAGAUCAGUCCUCAGUACAGGGAUUUUCUUUUUUAGGGGGGAGGAUAUCGAAUAAUAUGUCUUGAAUUAAGUUAACAAUUUAAUUAACCAAAGUGAACACAUAUUGCUAGAAGGAAAUGCUGUUCAGUUUUCUUUUCAUUUCUUGUUAUAACAACAUAGCAGAGUCAGAACACCUUAACAAUAUGAUCCAGCACUGGCCUUCCAUCUCAGCCCGCCAAUUAAGAUUUACCUCCAUUGAUUUGUUCCUGUUGAGAAGUUGAUUAAUCUGCUGAUUAAUGUAUGUUUUGAUCAAGGCUGUCCUUCUCAUUUCCUCAGCUGCUCCUUUGUUCCAGGAAGUCUUUGUUCUUCCUAUGAUUGUUUAUUCUUGCCAUCCCAUUUUGCAAUAUUAUUUCUUUUGUGCAAACGGAAUGUGAUUUCCUUGGCUUCGUUUAGCCCUGCCUGUCACCACUCUCCCGUCUGUAGCAGCUCAUAAAGAAAACUAAUGAGAAUCUGUCUCCAAUCACCUUUGUCUUCAUUAGAUUUUCAUCAGCCUUCUGUGACUCCACCGGUGCCUUGGUGAAACUACUGGUGACACACAUUGGAAGUAUUAAAUAAUCUUGCUCCAGGUUAUGUACUUCUGUGGCAACUCCAUGAUCUCCGCAGGGGAGCUAGGAGUGAAAGUCCUCUGGCAGGAAUAAUAAUAAUAAUAAUAAUAAUAAUAAUAAUAAUUUAUUUAUACCCUGCCCAUCUGGCUGGGUUUCCCCAGCCACUCUGGGCGGCUUCCAACAAAAUAUUAAAAUACAGUAAUCUGUCAAACAUUAAAAGCUUCCCUAAACAGGGCUGCCUUCAGGUGUCUUCUAAAAGUCUGGUAGUUGUUGUUCUCUUUGACAUCUGGUGGGAGGGCGUUCCACAGGGUGGGUGCCACUACCGAGAAGGCCCUCUUAAUGGUUCCCUGUCACUUCGCUUUUCGCAGUGAGGGAGCGGCCAGAAGGCCCUCGGAGCUAGACCUCAGUGUCCGGGCAGAAUGAUGGAGGUGGAGACGCUCCUUCAGGUAUACUGGACCAAGGCUGCUUCGGGCUUUAAAGGUCAACACUAACACUUUGACUUGUGCUCUGAAAUGUACUGGGAACCAAUGUAGGUCUCUCAGGACCGAUGUUAUAUGGUCUUGGCGGCCGCUCCCAGUCACCAGUCUAGCUUCCACAUUCUGGAUUAGUUGUAGUUUCCAGAUCACCUUCAAAGGUAGCCCCACAUAGAGUGCAUUGCAGUAAUCCAAGCGAGAGAUAACCAGAGCAUGCAUCACUCUGGCAAGACAGUCCGCGGGCAGAUAGGGUCUCAGCCUGUGUGACAGAUGAAGCUGGUAAACAGCUGCCCUGGACACAGAAUUGACCUGCGCCUCCAUGGACAGCUGUGAGUCCAAAAUGACUCCCAGACUGCAUACCUGGUCCUUCAGGGGCACAGUUACCCCAUUCAGGACCAGGGAGUCCUCCACACCUGCCUGCCUCCUGUCCUCCCAAAGCAGUACUUCGGUCUUGUCAGGAUUCAACCUCAAUCUGUUAGCCGCCAUCCACCCUCCAACUGCCUCCAGACACUCACACAGGACCUUCACCGCCUUCACUGGUUCUGAUUUGAAAGAAAGGUAGAGCUGGAUAUCAUCUGCAUGUUGAUGGACACCCAGCCCAAACCCCCUGAUGACCUCUCCCAGUGGCUGCAUGUAGAUGUUAAAAAGCAUGGGGGAGAGGACAGAACCCUGAGGUACCCCACACGUGAGAGCCCAGGGGUCUGAACACUCAUCCCCCAACACCACUUUCUGAACACGGCCCAGAAAGAAGGAGCGGAACCACUGUAUAACAGUGUCCCCAGCUCCCAGCCCCUCUAGACGGUCCAGAAGGAUGUUAUGGUCGAUGGUAUCAAACGCCGCUGAGAGAUCCAGCAGAUCUUGAAACAGCAAACUGGGAAACAUUUCUUCUUUGAUACACAAGCAUAUGAAUCUGUCUUACAACGAGUUAGAUCACUGGCAAGUGUAACUCAGGACUUUCAGCUCUGGCUGGCACCUCUCCUACUCAGAGUAGAACCUAAGUUAGUUGCCCCAUUAAUUUCAGUGGGUCUACUCUGAGUAAGAUUUAGUUGGAUGCAAUGCUAAACCUUGGCUCAAAGGGCUGUGAACAAUCUUGAGAUCUUGAAGAUCCCUUUAACUUCAAAUGCUUGGCAUUGAAACUAGAGCGUCCAGCAUGCAACGCCUGUGCUCUACCUCUUAACUGUUGAGUGGGAUGGGCUGCUCAUGGACCCAAACAUAAUUAUGUGCAGCCAUUGGCCUAAUUUUAAAAGCUCUCCAAGUAAGUGAUCACGUCAUACCUCUGGCAAGAGGGAUCUGUCCUCCCCCAGAGAAGUAGAGAAGGGUUGCAGAAAGAGAGAGAGAGGGACGGCUGUGCCUAUUUUUGACUCUGAUCCCAUCCACACUCAGCAUUCCCACCCUCCCAGAGAUUACCCCCAAGUGAACGCAGAAAAAAGUUAGCUUAGCCCAAGAAGCCCACUAAAAAUGUGGAUUUGAGGUAUGCAACAGAGAUGUAGACAAGCAUAGGCCUUUAAAAUGUUCAAGGAGCUAUGCUAGCCUUUUCCUCACUGACUGAAAAUCUGUCCUUCUCCAAACUUUAGUCCUUUUGAAAAGUCAGACCCCCUUUGCAUCUGAUUCAAAGAAUAGGGCUGCAAAGGUAAACUUGGAAAUGCAAGCAGCUGUUCAGUGUAAACGAAAGCAUAGAAGGUUGAAAUUUCCUCCAGGUCCCUCUCUGUCCUUUCCACAUCGUAAUGUGAAUUUAUGCUAAUCUUUUUCAGUUUUGUUUUCAUCCCGGGUACUCUGAAUAGAGAUUUGAAGGCUUUUGUCCUCAUAGCAGGCUAGUAGCACUAGAAUGGGAAUAAUUUUCCUAAGCAUUUUGGGCAUGUUGCAUAGAUCUGAAUUACUGCUCUGACACCUUAAGGGUCAUUGCACCACACACACACACACACACACACACACACACAGUAAAUCCCAGCAACACAGGGACUUCACGAGUUGCAUGGCUUGGCUGCCCUGUGUCUUCUGUCAAUGUUGUGACCAGAGAAAAGGUUUUUUGACAAUCCUUGGGUACACCCACCUUGUCUUGCUCUCUUACUUGACCUCUAUAUGUCUCAAAUGAUGGGGGUGUUGGAUUUGGGAAAUCUGCAUUUCUUCUCAGCCUCAUUUGAGGAAAUUUCUUUAGGAAUGUUUCCUAUCUGUUUUCCAGAAGUAUGGUAGUGAGCUACUCUAUGCGUUUUUUGGCUUUUUUUUUUUUUUAGGAUGAAAGAGAACAAAAGCACUUAUCUUUUGAGCCUGGCCAGGCUAUAAAUCUAAUUAAGUGCAACAUUUUUUAAAUUGCCUGUUGUCUUGCGUUGAAGUAUAGCUGAAAACCCUCCCAGAUGCCAACCCUACUCAGGUUACAAAUGACAAGAAUGUGUUUGGGUCAUUCUCUUGCUGGUGUUUACUCACUGCCUUUAUUUAUUUUGCUGAAUGAAUCAUGUCUCAGGCUCAUCUUGUAACCAUUCUGUGGCUGCGCAGAGUUGUCAGGCCAUUUGGGAUUGGAAUCUCAAAGUACACAAUCUUGCAGUUGGGGGAAUAGUUUGCAUAAUUACAUUUAUAAACUCGAUUCUUGCCUUUUGCUUACCAUUGUGGUUGAAGAGCAAUGUUGCAUUUUGCUGAGCAAAAUUAGCAAAAGACAGGUCCCUGUCUCAAGGAGCUUCCAAUACUAGAAAAGAGAAAAGUGUGGAUAACAAGCCAAUAGAGAAAGGGGAGGAAUGGGUCAGAGUAACCAAAGAUGAAUGUAAGCAGAUGGCUGUUACAUCCAGCCAGGCAUGCAGUGCAAUCGUAUGCAUAUUUACUUGGAACAUAUGGGACUUACUCCCAGGAAAGCCUGUACAACAUUUCAGGCUUUGUAUAAUAGAGCUUCAGGCUUAGUUUUAGUUUGGGGUGUUGAAUAAUGGAUUGGCCUAAAGACUUCUUGGAAAGGCCAGUACCUAAUUAUUUCAUCAAGUAAGUGGAUCAGAAGAAGUCAAAUUCUUCAUUAUCCUUGUUUAGUAUUUUUGGACAGCUCAAGCUCAAGCUGGAACACUCUUCAGUACCAAGGACAGCUCUAGUGAUUGCUCAUGAUUUGCCUGGAAGGCUGGCACUAGUGUGCAUAUUAUACGUACUGUGUUACGUAUAACUAAUGUAUUAAAUUAAGCUUACCCCCAGAACAUGUCAAAGAAUGCCUCCAUUCCCCCCCCCCCGUGUUACUCUUAUACACCAAAAUUAAAUAUCCACCAUAUGUUUGGGGGAUGUAGUUAGUGCCCAGUGAUUAAAAGGUUUGUUUCUGAAUCUACAAACAACUCCAAAAUAAAAAAGCACUAUCCUAAAGAAGAUACAGAAUAAGUCAGAAUACCAAAUACAAUAAAUGGCCCAGAUAUUGUCCUCCCUUGAAAGCCCUCAUCUCUGAAGAUUAUGGACUCCCGUACAGUUAGAUUUGUGCAGGGUGCUGAAAUUACACAAACUGAGCUUUUCAGCUAGUUGGGCUCACCAAGAGCACUCUCUAAAAUUGUGAAUGGUAAAUCUCAUGGCAGGUGAGUAGUUUUCCCUGCUGCUGAGAGCGACAAAGGCUUUCAGUGGAAGAUAUCACCCAGUGUCUUGGACUCUCAGAAUCUUUGCUACUUGACUUUUUCUGUAGUUUCUUUAGGAUUAUGUCUCUUACCUUCAGGUUUUGCCUUUAUUAAGAAUGUCCCACUUCCUGGGUAGUUUUUAUUUUUAUUUUUAAGGUUUCAAAUUAGUGCAGAUGUAUGUUUAUCAGUUGAUGGCUUACUUGCCUUGCAUGUGUGAAUGCAUUACCACAGAUCAAAGAUCAGAGACGCAACUUCCAUGUCACUUCACCUCACUUCAGACAUAAUUGGUUGCAUUCCUAACGCCACUUACCUGAAAGUAAGCGCCAAUGAAUUCAAUAGGACUUAAUUUUGAAUAGGCAUGGUUAGGAUUGCAUUAUAAGUUAGUUGCAUAUAGGCCCCAUUGAAAUCAAUGGGACAAGUUAGUCAUGACUGAAGUCUCAUUGAUUUCAUUGGUAACUAAGUGCAACUAGUGUGUUAUAGAUCUAGCCCAAUGCUGAAUAAAGUUACAGUAUAUGUAUGGACGUGUGAACCAGUCCUUAAAUGACACUUUUCUAUGAAAAACCAAGUUGGGGUUUGAUGAAAAUAGUAUUGUUUAAUAUUUCAUUUAGGCAACAGGAAUGGCAAUGGUUAUUCUGGUUUUGUUUUCUGUUUACUCUUCAAAAUAUAUGGGUGCCUUACUGUUCACAAGCAAAAUGAACUGUGAACUGCUUGACUGACCUUUGGGUUGCUUUGUUUUUUGCUUUUAUAUGAUUAGGAAUUCUGUUCCAUCGAUUUUGCUUCUCCACCUCAGUCUGCUAGUUUCGACAUCUCACUGCAUGCUUGCGACCCGGCAAGUUCUGUGGUCCCUGCUGUGUGAAGAUGGCUUUGCAAAGGAUUCUGGGAUAUGAGUACUUUUAUUAGACAGAAAGAUGCUGCUUCAAAUGCUCUUUAUUUUACCUACUGUCUCUAGCCUUUUUUUAAAAAAAACAAAAGAAAACAAAAAGCAAUGCAGUGGCAUGAGCAACAUACACAGAAUCUGCUCCAGUUGUUGACCCUGCCCAUAUUGAACAGUUGUUUUAAAAAUGUGGCUUUUCAGUUAGUUUGUUAAAUGUAUUGUAAGCCACCUUGGACAUGAAAAUCAUGACUGAGAGGCAGGGGUGCAAAUAUUCUAAAUAUUCAUUAGGCCACCUGUGGGGUGCAUUGAGUGGAAGAGUCUUUUCAAAACCUUAUAAUAAACAAACAAACAGGAGGAGCAACAUUAUUCUCUACCCCACCCCCCAAUGCUUAUGGAGGUAGGUAAGAGAGGGUCUUUUUAAAUGACCAGGAAAAUACUGGAGGGGUUGAAAUUCCCCUUGGCUCUCCCUUUACCCCCCUCCGUCCCCCAAAAAACUAACCAACCACCUUGGCCACCACUUUUCUGUUUGCCCCAGGUGAAUAACCUUGACAGAGGAGAGUAGUACCCAAGAUCUUUUGAGUAGGAAUGGAGAUUGAAGAGUGUUGACUGAGGGAAGUGAGGUGCUCAGUCAACAGAAAUGGGCUGCAGUCACUUUCCUUGCAUAGGUUGAUUCAUUGAAGGUGCCUGAGCCUUCCUUUCUCCAGUGUAUUAUUUCUUAUUUCACCUUUGAUCCUGAAGGGUGAAAUUGGGCUCAGAGAGCACCCUUUGGCAUGCACUCUCUGGGCUUCAGUGCUUUCCUUUUGUAAGCAAAGUGUGGCUGGGGGGUCUUCUCCCCUGAAAGUGGACACUGAGAAGAGGGAUUUCCUGUACAGUUCAUCCUUCCCCUUUGCAAAUUUCAUGGGGCGCCAAUUUUUUAUUGUUAUUUAUUGCAUGGAAAUGAAUUCCUGGCUAAACAUAGCAAUACAAUGCCCAUGUACCUUGGGAGACUGUUCCUGUAGGCUCUGAGCAGUAGCGAUAAUAAACAGUUGGAGGAGUCCUUUCCUCAGCUCUGGCAUCAUCUAUUUAUUUUGCAGUGACCUCUCAAUAAGGCCAGCUCCAUAUUAAAUUAUUUGUCCAUAUAUUAUCCAACACAGGAUCAUUUGUACACAGAAAAUGAGGCGAGUGAUGGGGAAAUAGCAAGUACAAACUGAACAGCAAGACUGUUAGUAAGAUUGUUGUUGAAUUUGAACAAGACAGGGAAGGGAGAAAUGGCUAAACUGAACUAAAAAUCCUAAUUGGGGGUGGGGAGGGGCCAGAGAGCUGAUCUGCCAGAACUGUAGAAGGAUAACUCUGAAAUAAUAAAAAUGCUGGUAUUUAUUUGUAUUUUUAUUUCAAAGGUUCCAAUUAUUGCUUAUUAAAGCUAGGAGCAUAAAAACAAAGUCUAAACAUGUUUGAAACUUAGAAAACAUAGGCUUAUAUCACCAGUGCAAAUUAGAUUAUCCUGUUCCCCAACAGGUUGUAACCAGUUGACAGGCAAAUGCGCUGGUGAUAAGAUGUUAGUAUGGCAGAAGUCCUGCAGAAGCCAAAGGCUCCAUUGAAUGAGCUAUAAGACCACAUUGUAAGGGCCAAAAUAGAUGGGACAGAGAUACAUUGAUCAUAUAUUUUAUCCCUUAAUUAAGGGAGAGCUGUGGGCAGGAACCCAAGUCAGAUUGGGACUGGAAGAAUGGAGGAGGGUUUUAGAAAACCCAUCCCAUUUUCCUACAGUACAUUGCUGCUUGCUCCAUUAAGAAAAACAUAGUUACUGUCCUAAAAAUGUGCAACCUAAGCAGCCAGGGAGUCUUUAAAACAGACUACACCCUCCCUCUUUAACUGUGUGAAAGGAGAAGUACCUGCUUUCUCGCUGUGUUAUGAAGGUUGCUGUUGUGUGCUUAAUCUGGCUUUUGCUUGUCAGCCCAUUGUAAUCCAUUUGACUAGUACAUACUUCUAUAUAAUUCUGUAGCAGACUCAAUGUAAUGUACCGUAUUUUUCCCUCUAUAAGACACCCCCAUGUAUAAGACACCCCCUAUUUUGGGGGACUCAGAUUUAAGAAAUUGGGGGGGGAGAUGUAUUCGUGUAUAAGAGGCUCCCUAAUUUUUGACAUUAUUUUUAAGGGAAAAAUCUUAGUCUUGUACACAGAAAAAUAUGUUAAUUUGAAUUAUGAGAACUCUGAGGAUGAAAAGUUUUGUGGCAAAAAAUGUAGGUGAUUAUGGUUUCUAAAUGUGGCCCAAUGCUUUUUGAGUUGUAAGGACGUGUACAUUUAAAAAAAAAAUUGGGUGAGGACUAACAUAAACUGCCCCAAAGUGUCUUCACUUCCUUCCUUUCUUACUAUAACCCCACUGUUCUGUGUUAAACCAUUAUGCCUUUUUCCUUUCGGUAUGGGUUUUGUACAUGAAGUAUCCUUUAUUCAAGCUGCUGUCAAUUUUCUUAGCUCUACAACUUGAUAUCAUGAUCCAAACCUCAAGCAAAAUGACCAAAUCACAGACCAAUCAGUGACAAAUAUGAUAAAUAGGUGAUAAAACAAAAAUACAACAGUGGACUCAAACCUGUGAUAUUAUAUUAUAUCAUACAAUAUGAUAUGAGUUGCAGCCAAUAAGCCAUAAAAAACCCAUGCAUUAAUGAAAAUACAACACAUCACAAAACUAAGCCUCAACAAAUUUAAACAACCAACAUGAAGCUUGUCUAUAACAGAAAUAAUAAACAAUCCAUGAAAACGGUAUGUGACGGAAAUAAUAAAUAGUCCAAUAUAAUGUAAAUGAGUUCCAUCUGUGAAUGGAAUGCAUCAAAUAAAGCUGAUGUACAAAUUGCAUGCAGUAGUAAAGUUAAUAUGAUGAAAACUUUGGAAUAUAUUUUUGCUUAAGUACGUCCUCAGAAACUACUGUGAUGGAUGGCAUCCAAGCCUGAUUCUUCCCAAGAUAUCACUGGGCACACAGCAAUUCAGUAAAACCAUAAGUAACAAAAAGCAGAGAGCUACAGACAGACGGUAAACAAUGUUGUAAACUUUUCCAAUAGCCUUCCAAAUCUCAAACAACCACCAGGACUCUGACCCAAAGACAGAGGAGCCAGCCAGAUCAAGAGGCCUAAUGGAGCAAGCCAUGGAAGUGCUGGACCCCCAUACCCAAGGCCUGACAUGAAGCCAGGGACCCCUGAACUGAGACCCCUCACACAAUACCCCUUGAGCCAGAUUGCCCUUGUGGGACUCCCUCCUCCCAUACCAGGGGCUUCAUAUACUGCAGUGCAGCAGGCAGGCAAGAAGAGAGAGGAAGUUGCCAGAGCGCUGUGCUCUAAGUCAGAAAGUUGCCUCUUUAAUAAUACUGUCUGUUCUUCAGGAAGCGUGAAGAGCCUGGAAGAGAUAAUAUGGCCCAUGCAGAAUAGAAGUGAAACAGAAGCACUGCAGCCUAGUGGUCCCAGCAACCUUUCUCUGCAGGUCUUGCCCUGAUGAGGCAGGUGUGAGGACUAAAGGUCCCCGCCUUCCCAGUGCCCACUAAGGCUACUUCUCUGCUGGGUCUUUCCCAAGCAGUCUCAAACUGUGCCUGCACAAAACUGAUUUCUGUUCAACCUGCUUAAUUUCCCUGCAUGCCCCAGGAGACCAAGGGGGAGGAGAGCUGGGUGUUGGGAUGCAGCCAAGGAAUCGGGGCAAUUGGCUGGCUCCAGCCCACCGGCCGGUGUGCCAGGCGAUCUCCAGUCCUUGGAUCAGCAUGAAACUGCGACCCGAGCUUCAGAAGCCUUCAGAAGCUGGAGCAUGCAACUCAGCAGAGUAAAUAACGCUUCGCAACAGAAGUGGCAGGGAGACGGCUGUGUGAGCAUAUUUACAAGCAGUUUAUUCAGCAUAUUGUUGUUGUUUAGUCGUUAAGUCGUGUCCGACUCUUCGUGACCCCAUGGACCAGAGCACGCCAGGCACUCCUGUCUUCCACUGCCUCCCGCAGUUUGGUCAGAUUAUUCAGCAUACAUCAGGACAAAAGGAAAACAUGUCUUCUCUCCUUCGUGUCCAAGCAAACAGCACAUAAGCAAAAGCUAUACACAAACGGAAGUUCCCAGCAAGCUGUGCUGGAGUGUAAACAGGCAUGUGACACACAACAGUCAUGCCUGUUCCUUAAGGUGGAACGGAAUAUCCUAACACUGGGUGCAGUUGGAGGGGGAUACUUUCAGGAGAGGGAGACUACCCAGCUUCAUCAUCCUGCCUCUUUUGUCUCCUGGUCCCACACCUCUCCAGCCCCCUCUUCUGCCUCAGAGUCUGAAACAGACUCUUCCUGCUCACUAAACCCUGUUACUUCCCUUGCAUAUUACCCUUCCUCCUCCCAGUCUGUUCUUCCUCACUCUUGUCCCUCCGACCACUCACUGUCGUCCCACCACCAAUCCCCUGGCUCUGAGCAGUCUUCCUUUGGGGGCUCCCCAGCUGGUGCCUCCCACCAAUCCUGUGCAUCCAGCCACUCCAUGACAUAGGCUUUAAAAUUAAGGUAUUCAUCGGUAUCUGGGGAUUCUCAAUACAACUAAACAUGAAUCCACCUUUUCUGCAUUGCGGGGUCUUUUUCGAAAGACCAUGAGAUGCUGAGUUAGGGGAGACUUUGUAGGACAACCUGCUCCUCAUACAUCUGAAUAUUCAGCUUACCCACUAGGAGCUGUAAUGAAAAAUCUUGAUGGAGAUUCUCGAUGAAAAACAUGGGGUCAUUCCCUACUCAGAUGGAUAGAGGAUAAGCAGGAAAUUCUCAAGCAAACCCUUACAGAGCCAUUCAUCAGCCGGACACGGAAUGGAACAAUGCAGUAAUUCCUCCCCAGCAAGCAAAGAAAGAGCCUUCAGGAAUGAAAGAUAAAUCAGACCUCCUCCACUGGCAGGUUGUAGUGUAGUAAUUUUGCAAGGUUCCAGCAAUCAGUGACCUCUAAUCCAGGGUGAUGUACUUGAGAAGCAGGUUUUAAUAACGCAUUUCCACAAAACACCAUGCACUGGUGACUCAUGCAGUGCCAAAAGACAGAGAAGAAUCUCUUCUUGCAUAAGUGUACACUGAGCACACUGGCUGAGACUGUAAACUUGUUUUCUCUUGCAGACCAUUGGGACACUGCUGGCUAUUGGAAGAGUUUACAAUGCAAACUCCAAGGCCUAAUUCAUAUGCCAUUGGGAACUCAGCCAGAUGGAUGCUGCCUUGGUGUUAUUGGCUGCUUGUGGCUGCUAGUCCCCCCCGCAAAAGAAAAUCUGGGUGGGUGAUCAAAACUAUGUCCCUGCUUCAUCCACCAAAGUAACCUAGUAUCCAUAUUGUAAUGGUUCUAGUGGUUGCUCGUGCGUAAGCCGGUGCAAACACCUGGCUGGAUUGCCUGAGUGAACCUUUUCUGUCCGGACAGCCACUCACCCGUGGCUGUCUCAAUCGCUGGCAGAAUCCAUCAGUGGGCGUUUCUUAAACUUCUUCCAGCAAAGAAGCUCUUUGACGCCUAGUCUCCUCCUACUUUCUCUGCGCGAAAGCCUUCUGCGCAAGGAGGGCGUAGGCAGCGGAGGAGCUCUACUCUCCCCGCUGGUCCCCGGCAAGGAGUCAUGGGACCGCCUCGCCGCUUCCCCCAUCUGCCCCCCUUCUCCACUGGUGCUACGCUGAUUCUCUUCCCCAUCUCCCAAUCCUGGGACGCUCUCCGGAAUCCCUCUGGAUUUUGCUCUCUCCCUCCGGCACUGAUGGCAGUUCCCUGACACAUAUCAAAAACAAUAAACUAAAACAACAUACACGGUGGUUUUUCUCUUCUUAUUAGGUUGUCGGCUGCUAAUUUUGCUUACAACAGCCCAGCAGAAAGAGACUGUAUUGUUAUCCCCAUAUUUUAGAUAAAAUUCUACCCAUGCUAAUAUAUUUCAUGAUUUGGUUACCAUCAGCCUGAGCUGCAUGGAGCUGGUUAACAUGAGGCUAACUGUGUAAAGGGAAGCCUUUGGGGAAGAGAAGCUCUCGGGAACAACUGUGCCACAAUGGUGAUAUAUUGCAGCAGGCCUAAACAGAGGAUUUCUCCCUCCCCAUCGUCCAGCCAAGACACUGAGCUCCUCUUCCGAAGGUCUUCUGCUGGUUCCCUCACUGCAGGAAGCGAAGUUACAGGGAAGCAGGCAGAAGGCCUUCUCAGUAGUAGCGCCCGCCCUGUGGAAUGCCCUCCCUUCAGAUGUCAAGGAGAUAGAGAAUUACACAAAUUUUAGAAGACAUCUGAAGGCAGCCCUGUAUCAGGAGGUUUUUAAUGCUUGAUGUUUUUAGUUUGUUUUUGGAUAUGCUGUAAGCCGCCCAGAGUGGCUGGGGAAACCCACCCAAAUGGGUAGGGAAUAAAUAAUAAAAUUAUUAUUAUUAUUAUUAUUAUUAUUAUUAUUAUUAUUAUUUCAAGAUGCAGAUUAACCAAAAAGAAAAUUAACCAACGGGGUUCUCAGCUUUUUGCUUUCCAUAUGCAUAUAACAACUGCAUGACAUAUUAUUAUUAUUAUUUUAAGUCCCACAUUUCAUCCUUUUCAUGUUGGGGAAAGUAGCAUUUGUUGAGCUGCCUAACACGUAACAAUUAAAGGCACAGUGCCUCUCUUUGGAAAUUAGGUGGCAGCCAUACCACAGUGGUUUAGAUCCAGACUAAGUUAGUGACAUUUCUGUCCCAUAAAAGUAGCCAAUGAGUGUGUAAAGUUCUGUUGAUUUAAAUGGGACUGAAGUGUGACUAAUUUGAUCUGAAGAUUUUGGGGUGAAACAGAAUGAAAUGCAAAGCUUAAUGUAGAAAUAUGAAAACACAGAGUGGAGGGGAAGCUGCCAUAUAAAUAUACUCUUAAAACCAUGAUGACUGGAUCCUUUGCUUUAUUAUGCAAUGGGGUUGGAGGUUAGGAUCUGGGACUCUUGGUCCUGGACCUCAAGCAGUGAAACCCUUUUGGCCUGACGCUGGCCUAGCAGUAGCCAUCAACUCUCCUACACCAGCAUGGUCUAAUUACAGGGACUAUAGGGCUAAGGUGCCUCUUCAGUGAUAUGGGCAGGCCUGCUGCUGCUAGAGCCAUUGGAGCAUUGGGCCAACAAGCCCAUUGGCCCAGUAAUGCAGGAGCAGAGAAAGGUGCUGCUCCACUUCACAGAGACACAGGAUGCUGCAGCAGUUGUAGCACCUCUGAAGCCAAAGCAGCCUAAGAGGAUUGGGCUUCCCAUGACAGAAUGCAAAGGAAUAUUUUAUAUGUGUAGCAAAGUGUGUAAUGUCAUUUCUGCUAUUAGUAGUAUCAGUAGUCAUAAUAGUACAUACAUGUAUUAGAUGCUGUACACCAAAGUUUCUAGACUGCAUACAAUAAAAGUAAUUAAAGCACCCAAUACAAUCCAGUAAAACUAAAAUAAAUGCAAGAGGGCAGACUAAAGAACAAAAAAAUGACUAAAAACAGCAGGAUCCCUUCCCAAUUGUUGUGCCAGUCAUUGUGGAAACAGAAGAAAGGGGUUGUAUUAGCUUUUCAUUAAUUAGUUAUAGAAUAAAUCUGGUCCUGAGGUACUCUCAGUGUCAUACAGCAUUGUCUUGAUUUCCUCACUGUUUUUGUUUGUGUUUUCUUCUAGGUAA